UCCCGGAUGUAGACGGACGGCGGUAGUGUUGGGAGCUGGAGCUGUAGCUGAAGGGAGGGGGGAGGAGGUGUUGGCGGCGGCGGCGGAGGGCGAGCGAGCGAGCGAAGGCGGCCAGUGGCAGCAGCGGAGGGGACGCGGCCGCCUUGUGCCUCCCGCGCCCCGCUGUGCGCGUGUGUCCGUCCUGCGGGGGCGCCUCUCCUUCUCGCUGGUGCGGAGAGGAGGAGAUGGGCCCGUGAGCGCGGCUUCCCCUCACAGCCGAGCUGCCUGAGCCGCCCCUCCUCCGCCUCCUCCUCCCUCCCUCCCCCUCCUCCUCCUCCUCCUCUUCCCUGUCCCCGGUCGGAGCGCUGCCUCCCCCUCCCCCCUCGGCGGCGCCCGUGGCCCGGCCGCGCCCUCCUGGUCCCCUCAGUCUCUCACACACAGGCCGGGCAUUGAUGGUAAUGUAUGCGAGGAAUAAGCAAAGACUCAAUGAUGGGUAAAUAACCCCCUUUCUCGUUCCGCCCUCCUCCCGUCUUACGCUCUCUCUUCUCUCUCUCUUUUUCCUACCCCCCCCACCCUCAAUACCAACGGCCAGUAACGGUCGCUCGCUAACGUAACGUCUUUUUCUCCUCUCUUUCCAGCUGUCACGACCGCAAGGGGGACUCGCAGCCCUACCAGGUACCGACUUCUUCGCCCGCCGCAGCCCCACACACCGAUAGGCCCCUGCGGCGGCGGCGGCAGUAACGAGUGUGGGAGGGCGAGCGAAACUACUCGAGCGCAGGCCUCGGCCGCCGCUGCAGGCCGCGGGGGAGGGGAGCCAACCGCUUCCCUUCGCUCUGCUCCGCGCGGGGCGGGCCGGGAGGGGGCAAGGGGGCGGCGGCGGCUCUUGCUCUCUCUCUUACCCCGCGACCGCGAGGGCUUGAGCGCGAGCUGAGGCGGCGAGAGGCGCUUGGCGGCGGGGCAAGGAAGCGAGAGGCCUAGGCCCGAUGCGGGCCGCAGGAGGCGGAGGGCGGCAUUGUUUUUUCUUUUUUUCCUUUCCCCCCGAGCGAAACCCAUGGGAUGGCGGUAAGCGGCCGGAACCCGAGUCCGAAAAGGCUUCCCGAGUGCCGCUGACCGUCUUCCCUUCCCUUAGGAGACGAAAUAGGAGCCGGGAUAGGUUCUAGGCCUUGGGCUUGUAGUAAAGCCCGAAGGGAAUUCUAGUUCCUCAAACCCUUUCUGUCAACUGAGAAAACUUUAAGUUGGGACAGUGUUGAAGGUACCCCUGAAGAAAUUUGGGAAAUGGCCGGAGUGAAGCAGUGUGUGUGGGAAACAUUUGAGGCUUUCCCUUUGUCAUCUCCCCAGUGUUAAAAGGAUUGGGAGGGCUGGAGGUGUAAAUGUGGUCAUUUACAGUGGGUUAUUUGACCAACUACACUUAUAUACUUGAGUGAUCAGAUGAAAGAGGCAGCUUUGACAACUGGAGGCUGCAGUCAGUGACAGCACAUCUAAUGUAAACAUUCAUCACACAGCCUUGUGAAAAGGGGCAGAUGGAGAGAGACCCUGUUGUGUUUCGUAUAACACAAGGUGGUAUGGAUGCUACAAAGCUGCACAUUCCACUCAUACUACUACAAAAUCUAUCAAGCCCUUUGAUUCUUUUGCCAGAAAUCUCCCCGCUCUUUAAAGUGUGUAACAAUUAAUCUCAGUUCAUAGUGGUACCACUGGUUAACAUAUACUAUUUGGUUAGAUUGUGUGGGAUAUAUUUUUAAGGGGGGGAAUGGAGAGGAUGUGUUAUUGAAACUGGUAUCAAAUGCCUUAAAGAUUUUUCAGUGUCACCUGUAUAUGGUAAAAUAUAUUCUCCAUUUAUUAAAUAAAUAGAAACAUCCUCCAUACUGCAGAUGAAAUAAUUCUGUUGGACAGUAUGCAUAGUCCAAGGUGUUUCAGCCAAGGUGGUACUUAAGACUUAUUUGAGACUAGUCUCCCAUUAAACACAAUGGAAUAUACAUAGUUAUGAUGUAGCACAUCAAAAAUGAGCUUGACUUGGUUGAAGAUAGGCAUCGUGUUAAUUGUACUACUCUGAAUAAAUCCCAAUACUGUAUUGGAAAUAGAAUGCUUGUAAUAGAUUGGAAUUAGGGUUGAAAAACCCAGAAUUACUUGCUAUUAAGUUUGUAAAAUGACAUAGCACUAGUUAGGAUCUAGACAAUUGUGAAACUAGUUCCAUGGCUUAAGAGGAUUUCUAGGCUUGAUUUAUUUUGGACAGCAGCUUCUCCAUGCUGCAUGGCAAACUGUUUUAAAAAAAUAUAUUUCAAAACACAGCUUGAGAAAUCUGUACCUGUUAUUUCUUUCAGGCUCUUAAAUACUCAUCAAAGAGUCACCCCAGUGGUGGUGAUCACCGGCAUGACAAGAUGCGAGACACCACAGACCCUUCACCACCAAAUAAAAUGUUGCGGCGAUCUGAUAGCCCUGAAAACAAGUAUGGUGACAACACUGGACACAGUAAAGCUAAAAGCAUGCAUACUCACAGAGUUAGAGAAAGGGAUGGUGGUGAGUUAAACUUUAACUGAUUUGUAUUCAAAAUACUGCUAGUAAUUGAAAUAAAUCUUGCACCAAAACAAAGCACAUUCAUUGAGGUGAAGAAUUUACCUCACCAUUAUUUCAGUUCAUUCACAACACUGCCACAGGUUCCAUAUCCCUGUGUUAGGGGGCUUUAGACCUGGCUGCUUUUGUUGUCUAGUCAGAACGGCUUCAUAAACCUGGGCUUUUUGUAGAAACUGCCCACCAGUGCAAUCUAGCAUGGUGGUGUUUGAAGGAAAUGAUACUGUGUCUUUUGGUAGGCAGGCCUUCAUGUGCCUCAUAUAAAAUUUGUUCUUCCCGAUAAGUACAGUUUACAAAAGAGACAGUGUAGUGUAAUGGCCCUGUACUGGAGGUAUCUGGCUUCAGAUACCCUUACUCAAGCUUAAAGCUUGCUGGAUGGUCUUGGGAAGCUACACAUCUCACUCAGCCAAACCUUGCAUUCAGGGAAAUUAUGAAGAUAAUGGGGUUUACCAUAAAUACUCUGAAAAGAGCUAUAUGUCGAAAGAUAGGGAUACAAAUGUUAUGAAUAAAAUAAAGUGAACAAUUAGUGAAGUAAACAACAUAUAAAACAAUUUUUUAAUGCAGUGAGUUAACACAGUUCUUGGUUUUAUUAAACAAAAUUUAUAUACCAUGUUAUUGUAAUAAAACCUAUUACGUGGUUAUUUGAGAUUUGCAAGUAUAGAAAUAACAGUAAUUCCAUGAAGCAUUUUCUUUCAUGCUAAGGCUACUACAAAUCAGCAUUUAAGUUUCUUGGGACAGUGAGGAGGUUUUUGUUUUUGACAAAUUAUCAUGUUGGGUAUCCUUACUGUCACACAGCUAUCAUAUUGUUGUAGUUAAAUGCUCUGAUAAUGACUGCACCUAGUGCUAUAGAAGAAGAAACUUUUCAGGUUCUGUUAUAUUUCAUAUUCGCCACUGCACUUUGAAGGUUGUAAUUGACAGCCCAAAUCCUGUUCUUAUCUAUAGCUGUUGUGAUGAAUGGACAACUACAGUGCCAUCUUGCAUGAAGUGUAACUACAUCUCAAGAAGUCUGAUUCUAAAAAGAGAAAGUCUCAUUCCAAUACUCCCCUGGAGAUUCUCACUAAUGCUGGAUGAAUGGGGUUGCUUCUGAAACUGUAUGGGAUUGUGUAUGUCCCAUGUCCCCACCUUCUCCUUGCCCCUUACUCCCUGUUCCCGAGGUUUUCCUGUGAUGUUCAUGGGUAGUGUUAGGACUUUCCUCCAGUACUGGAAUAGCAGUGAUGAAGCUGCUGAUCUGGUAAAGACAGCAUCUGCCUACAGGCCUGUGAUGCUUUUCUGCCACACUAUAGUAGAGUAAUGGGCCUUUAGUAGUUUUUACUAGAGGUGUGCAACUGCAAAAUUCAACUUGUAUCUGUAGCUUUGAGAAGUCGCCAAUUCUGUUAAAUUGGAUAUGAUAAAAAAUCAAGCUCUCUUUUCUUUCUAUUAACUAUUACGGGGAAUCAAAAAAUGUCCAUAACCACCUCCCCCUUCACAGAAGUGGAUGGGGUUUUCAGGCACAGCAGCCCCUCCAGAGUGGAUUUUUUGUAUUUUUUAAUGCAUUUUUACAACUUAUAAAUACAUCAUACAAUAUUCAUUCUCUUGUCCUUGGACUUCCCAGUCCAUCUCUCCAUGGCAUUCUAGGUAGUCUUUUGUCAGCUGCAUAAUCUAUUAUUCCACCCAAUUUCAUCUCAAAUCUUCCUUUAUUUAAUGUUAUCUGCUGCUCAUAUGUUCAUUCCUAAUUGUAGGUUGAAUUGACUAUUAUACCCUCUAAGAUACUCUCUAAAACACUUUGAAGAGUGGAUCCAGAGUGGAUUAAGCCUGCCAAUUUAGAGGCAGAUGCAUCCGGGAAUUUUAAAAGUUUGUUAAAAGAAAAAAAUCCUGUUAUUUUCUGCCAGGUGUGGUUGCAAUUUGCAGGCAUGCUCCCCGCUUUGGUGGGGGUGAAAUUGCCAAAUUUCAGCUGCAGUAAUUCCCCUUCAAAGCCAUGAUUUUUACUAUUUUGGGGUGGUUGUGGUAGGAAUCAUAACAUGGUAGCUGUGGUGGAUAAACACCCCCAGGAAAGACUGCAGUGGGUAAAAUAUCACCCUGAAAGGAUUUUAUUACACCUAGGGUCAUUGGUAGAUUUGGGGUGGGCUUCUGCCCCCAUCAAUGAUUUUUUGGGAUAUAGCCUUUUCUUUUUGUGACAUAUCACCAUUGACUUGCAUAGAGAAGGGGUGUUGGCACUGGGGGGGGGGGGAAUAGCAUAGGUUAAAAUAAACAGCAUAGAUUGAAAUGAGCAGCAAUUUUUAAUGUUUUCUUGAACAUUCCCCCCCCCCUUGGUGUGCUCUGGAAAAUAAUUAAUUGUGAUUAAAAUCUAGACCUCUUCUUCAAAUUGAAAGAUUCUCCUUGCCCUCCUGCCCCCUCCCCAUCUGAGCUUAGUGUUUCUCUAGUCAGCUUGGCUUUACAGUGGUACCUCUAGUUAUGAACUUAAUUCGUUCCAGAGGUCCGUUCUUAACCUGAAACUGUUCUUAACUAGAGGUGUGCUUUUGCUAAUGGGGCCUCUUGCUGCUGCUGCGCCACUGGCACAUGAGUUCCAUUCUCAUCCUAGGGCAAAGUUCUCAACUCGAGGUAACUCUUCCAGGUUAGCGGAGUUUGUAACCUGAAGCGUUUGUAACUCGAGGUACCGCUGUACUUAAAAUAAUAAUAAUAACAACAACAUGCACUUUAAAAAUGCAGUGCUUUAAGGGCAACUGAGUCCACAAAGUGAGUUGAGACUUUAGGGAGUCCGUCAUCUGACUCAAAGUGCCUUAACAGUGCAGUUUGACUUGGGACUAUGAAAAGCUCACACAGAUCACCCCUUUUUGACUCAUAAUUUUGGAGGUACACAGAGAUGAUGCACAUCUCCAGUAUUUACCUUUUAAAUGCACCUGUGUCACGGAUCCAUGCUUCAAGGUAUUAGAUGUUUAGACUUGCAUGGAUUCUUCAUUCACAAUAUCAGUGACUUGUUCAUCUUUGGUUAGAAAAUAGGGGUAGCUGUAUUAAAAUAUAAGGUAAUGUGUUAUAUUUGCCAAUAUCUUAGUACCGAACGUCAAGAAUGUUUCUGUGGGGAGCUUCAUUUUUAAAGGAUGGUAUGCAAUUGUGACUUUACUAGCUAGCAUCAGUAGAAUGGGGAGGGAGACAAUUUUUAGGGAGCUGAGUAACUCUCUGCAGCAGAUUUAGGAGGAUCACCAAAAAUUACUUCCCUCUCUGUUCUGCUGAUGGAUCCCUUCAAUCAGUGGGCAGUCACCAUUGUAUAUAGUACCACCGUGGGAAUCAUCUUGCUCCCAUAGUCCAUGUAGAAAUUAAUACAGAUCAUCUUGACCAAUUUGCUUGGAAGUAAACUCAAAGGUAGUAAAUGUGUGCUUGUCAUUUUAAAAAUAGUAGAAUAAAUUUAAUCUUGGGGGUAUUCAUCCUUUCCAGAAAAUAACAUGAGGCCUAAACUUCAGUUGCUUGCAAUUCAAAUGGCUUGCUCUUAAUGUUGAACCCCAUUUUGAAACUGAGAUACUGGUAUGAUCACUUUGUACCUGGAGCAGGGGCACGUCUUUCUUGAAAAUGCCUUUCCUUGGCUAGAACUUGGAAGGAACGUACUGUACUGGGUAGGUGGGGUAUAAACUUGAAAAUAUGAAAAUUGGGGGAAGGUAGCAGAAGCUGUUAGGUUGAACAGCCACUCUAGAAGUAUAUUGAUUUAUUUGGUUGUGCAGUAGUACCCAAGUGGGCUCUUGCAUGUUUCCUCGUUGACAGGAAUGAGUGUGAAGCUUUGUAUGUGACCAUGUUGGGUGUAAAAAAGCAGGACUUUGAUGUUACUGCCUCUUGGAGACCUUUGUGGGGUCCCUGAAAGUUCUGUGUCAUAUAAAAACCACAAGAGACACUAAUUGAAUGCCUGAUCAUGGGGCGGUUUCCUAGUGGAUUAGCUUCCCGAUGAUGAUGGUAAUAAUUAUUUAAUUUGUUUGUCUGUUUGCUUGCUUACCACCCACCUGACCAGGUUACCCCAGCCACUCUGCAGCUUCCAACAAAUUAAAGCACACUAAGACAUUAAACAUUAAAAACUUCCCUAUACAUGUACAGUGCUACCUUCAGAUGUCUUCUAAAAGUAAGAUAGUUGUUUAUUUCCUUGGCAUCUGAUGGGAGGGUGUUACCCAGGGCUGGUGCGACUAUUGAGAAGGCCCUCUUUCUGGUUCCCUGUUACCUCACUUUUUGCAGUGAGGGAACUGCCAGAAGGCCCUCGGAGCUGAAUCUCAGUGUCCAGGCUGAAUGCUAGAUUUAAUUUUUCAUAAUUCUUAACAUAAUUUAUUUAGAACAGAAUGGUAGGUAUAAUAGUAGGCAGGAAAGUUUGAUAAAUCUGGAGGUCAUCCUUUGAAAUGUUAAGUUGUUUAACAUGGCUGUUCUGAUCUUCAUUUGCACUUGAAUGAAUUAAGUCUAAUUUUAUAUCCAUUGAACUUGUUAGAACUUAUUUGUAAGAGUAGACAUGUUUAGGAUUUAGCUGUCAGACAUUUUUCGAUUUUUGCUUUAGUUGAAUUAAUUUUUAAAAUGGAUUAUAUAAACAUAUAAAGAAAAAUAUAUUGUCUUCAGUUAACUCCAUCCUUUAAAAAUUAUUGAAAACUAAAUAUCAAGUAUUAAUAAAAUUAUAAAACAAAGACAAAUGUAAUCUUCAUAAAUUCAUAUUGACAUAAUUGCCAAUAAGCACAGACCAAACAAAAUAGACAAAAUUAAUACUUGUUGGGCUAUUUGUAUUUUUAUUCUGCCAGGAAAAUAGAUGUAGCAUUUGCUUUCUGUAAAUCAGGUAAGUUAAUUCUGCUGGGCAAAUUUAGUUUUGUAGCUAUUGUCACUUAGUGACUAAAAAGUUUGAAUCAUAGAGAUUGCCUUUCUGUAAGCUAAACUUUUAGAAUUAGAGAGUUCUCAAACUCAAGAUUCAGUUUAUGACACAGCUAAUCUUCUCAGCCUAGCUUCCCUCCCCCUCUUACUGCACAAAUUAUUAAUGUGGAAAUAUUAAGCCUCAAUGCCUUUUUGUGCCAUUGAACUUAACAUUUUUGCUUAAUCUUGGGAAAUGAUGUAGACCUCUUGAAAAUCUUAAUAAUUUGUCCCAAGGCAAGAUUUCAGGUUCAAGUUAUCUGUACAGUGGUACCUCGGGUUACAGGCGCUUCAGGUUACAGACUCCGCUAACCCAGAAAUAGUACCUCGGGUUAAGAACUUUGCUUCAGGAUGAGAACAGAAAUCGUGCUCUGGCGGCGUGGCAGCAGCGGGAGGCCCCAUUAGCUAAAGUGGUGCUUCAGGUUAAGAACAGUUUCAGGUUAAGAACGGACCUCCGGAAUGAAUUAAAUUCUUAACCCGAGGUACCACUGUAUAUGCAUGGGAAAUUUAGGACUCCUUUCAAGCAGCAGCCAUCCAUACGCAUAAAAAGCCUCUAACAAAGUUCAGAGGCCCAUCCUAGAGCAACAGCCCAAAAUGUGUGGAGGGCUGUUAUUGGAAUGUGGUUUUGACCCUCACCCCAAUGCCAAAGCAGAAGCAGUUUAUGCUCAUGCCAAGUUUGGUUUUUAAUCUCAUUUUUUAAAACUCAUCAUUUAUAUUAAAAAUGAUGCGUAGCUGUUGAAUAUCGUAAAGGGGUGUGUGUGUGUAUUGAUCCACGAGUAAAAACAAGCUUCUAUGUGCAAACCUUGUAUCUGGCAGGCACAUGUGUUGGAUACAGUGCUGUUGCACUAACUAAUGAUUGUUACUGGUCCAUCAAAGAUGAUGGUGACUGAUCACUUGUUUAGAGAGAAAAGCAGUGAAAGAGCACUUGUUUAGAGAGAAGCAUUCUGGUGAUGAGUACUUUUAGAGUGGCUGCUGCUAAUCACAUUUUAGGUCAUAUAGGCAAGUACAGCAGUGAAUAUAGCUGCACAUUCUUCAAGGUUUUUGGAUCAGCAGCAGUAUUUUAUUCUCCAGUGCAAAGAGAGUAUGAGUAUUAAAUAUACUUAAGGACAAUUUCAAAUAAUAUCCCUUACAAAGCAUUCCCUAAAAGAAGAGCUGCCAAUUUGUUGCUUUGGCAAAACAUUGAUCUGUGCCAUUUUUUUUCCAACUCCAGAAGUUAUACAAGAUAGAAGUAGGGAUGUAUUGCUUUUCUAUAAAAUUAAAAUGGACAGCUUCCAGAGAUUAAACAUGUAAUAUAGCAAAAGCUAUUAUAAUGUCCAAACCAUCAUUAAACCUACCAGUUAUUAAACACACAGAGAGAUCAAUAUAUAUAAAAUAGGAAUCUGGUUAGGAUGUUUACAGGCUUGAUCCCAGAGAAGUCUCAUAUUAUAAAAGGUGUUCCCUAAGCUUUCCUGGACCAUCUCGUGUGGAUUUUAAGGCUCAAAACCAAAUUGAAAUUCAACUAAUUGUCUUCCAGGACUGUCCCCAUAUGUUUAAAGUAAUUGGAUCAUAGUGGACUGUAACUGUAUAAAAACUGUGUGUUUAUAUUGCUUAGUCUCGGUAGUAAAAAGUUCGUGUUGGUUUGUCUGACGUUUCUGAAAACGAAGAUGGUUUGUUUGAUUUUAAUUAAGAAAUUUGCCAUCUUGCAGUUCUUUAAUUACUAGUAGUAAAAUCACUUCUAUAUAUGUUGGAAAUGGUUCAAUGAAAUCUCAUCUGUAUCUGGUAAAUCAUGGCCUCAAUUUCCAAAACUUCUUUCACUUAUUGUUCAACUAAUCCAGUGUAUUACUAUGCCUAGCAGAUUUGCAGAAUGGUUCCAUUGCGUUUCUGUUUUUUCUCAGUAUUUCAUAUAGCAUAUGUUUUAUUACCUCUGGUGCUAGCUGCCAUUUUGCAAUGAUCUAUAAUGUGCAUCUCAGUAUAAUGGAGAACAUAUUUGACUUACAAUAAAAAGGACAUAAUAUUCUUUGUCAUGCAAGUGGACAUCUAGACCCUUUCCAAAAACUUUGACCCAUCCCAGUGCAAGAGCAGAAGCAUUUUGUGCUGUACUACAGAAAUGGUCUUGAAAUUAUCCCUUUCUGAAAUUUGCCCCCCACCCCAAAUUUUAUUGAUUUUCUCCAACCCUUUCUGAAAUGUUAUAUUGAAGAAUAACUUAAAAACAGACAAGGUUUGCCUAUGCAAUCAAAACUUCUGCUUAUAAAAAUACUUGUGUCUAGCACUUGAGUUGCUGAACAGCUGUAGAGUAGAGUGUGUAUGAUUUUAAUUAAACACAGGGAAGACAGGAUGCUGGUGAUCAUGGGUUCCUGCAAUAUCAGAAUAUGCAGCUUGUUCUGGGCAGAGUUGUGGUCCCUCUGAAGCAGCUCAUGUACAGAUUUGGGAUACUCUCUAACUUAGCGUUUUCCUUGGAUGCACAGGUAGCAGUGGCUAUCAGGGGUGCCUUUCCCUAGCUACAGCUUGUUCACUAGCAUGAUUUCCUAAAGAAAUCAUAGUAUUCGUUACUCAAAGCAUAGUUUGGUUACUUCCAGACUAGAUUACUGCAAUGCUGUCUAUAUGCCUUUGAAAACCAGAGACUUCACUUAGAACAAAAUACAGCUGCCAGACUCCCCCCCCCCCCUUGGAGAAAAUGGAUAGGAAAAGAUGGUUAUUUGGGAAUACAGUUGGGCAGGCAGGAAGGUUAAGUUCCCACGUGUGACUUCUUACUGGUAUUUAGUUGUGAGAUCUAUCCAGGCUUGAACUAAGGCACUUGCCAGCAACAUUUUCGGUUUGGUAAAUUAGAACUCCCCACAUCUCCUUAACUAGGAAACAAUGCUUUGCAGCCUGAUUCCAUGCAGAAUUAGACAGAAUGUCUCGCCAGAGUGGUGCAUGCUUUAGUUAUCUCCCACUUGGACUACUGCAAGCUCUACGUUGGACUACUGUGCUCUACGUUGGGCUACCUUUGAAGGUGACUCGGAAACUGCAGCUAAUCCAGAAUGCAGCAGCAAUACUGAUGACUGGGAGUGGCCACCAAGACCAUAUCACACGGGUCCUGAAAGACCUAGAUUGGCUCCCAGUACGUUUCCAAGAACAAUUUAAAGUGUUGGUACUGACCUUUAAAGCCCUAAACGGCCUCGGCCUAGUAUACGUGAAGGAGCAUCUCCAUCCCCACCCUUCAGCCCGGACACUGAAGUCCAGCUCUGAGGGCCUUCUGGCAGUUGCCUCCCUGCGAGGUUACAGGGAACCAGGCAGAGGGCUUUCUUGGUAGUGGUGCCCAUCCUGUGGAAGCCCUCUCAUCAGAUGUCAAGGAAAUAAACAACUGUCUGGCUUUUAGAAGACAUCUGAAGGCAGCCCUGUUUAGGGAGGUUUUUAAUGUUUGAUGUUUUAUUAUGCUUUUCAUUCUGUUGGGAACUGUGGCUUCAGGUGCACCUAAUCUGCAUAGGAUUGGAUUGCUAGCACAGCCAGGUGAUGGAGGCUGUUAGCAAUGUGUGCAUUUGUGUUGGGUCAGGAGGGAGCUGUACCCUGCUCUUAGUAGACAAAGGCAGUUAGUAGCCCAUACAUUGAAUCUAGGAUGAAGGAGGGGAUACCUGACAUUUUAACUGGACUGCAAGAGACAGGUCCUCAAAAUAAACAGUUGUUUUGGACAUAAUGCUAAGUGCUACAUAAACUAGCAGAAGCGAAUUGCAAGCUCACAAAUUCACCCCUCUUCCAGCAUUGCUAUGAGAAGGAGAUUGGAAGCAUCUGUUUCCUGUUUUAAGCUAACUGCACUACAUCAUGUCUGAACUGGGGAAACACUGAUUAAACAUGGUUUUGUUACAAAUCAUAAACCACAGUUUGAUUCUGAUUUGUUUCAACAAGCCAUCAUUUAAUGUUGUGUCCAAAACAUGUCAUUCAUUGUCAACAGCAUAUUUGGAGGUUGUGCCAUUUAGCUGAGCCCUAGCAGUGGCAAAAGAAAGAACCUAAAAACAGACAUCUUUCUGUGUUUGGGAGGGAGCUUGUGCAAGAGAAAGGGAAUGGCUGUACAGAGGUAGGUAUUAAAGAGGACCUGAAACGGGUGUGGUGCAACAUUCACCAGCCUAACAGAAGGCAUGCCUAAAAACUAUACUGUUGGCAUCUGUGGCCAUCCUCCCAUCAUUCCAUUCAGAAGCAUGGGUGUUUGGCCAUGAAUUGGGGGAAUAAAAUUAACAAAAGUUUGGCAGAACAUGUUGCUUGCUGUGCCUGUAAUAAUUUUGCUUAGUUCUGCAUUAAAAGAAAUUAAGUUAUGUUAUGUUUAAAAUCCAGAUAUUGAAUAAAGACAUUUUAAUUGGCUUGGGGUCUAUCUCUCCUAUGUGUUGGUUUUCAUAAAAAAAAUAAUACCUGCUGAGUUAGGAGUAUACAUUAAUGUAAAUGUGCAUAGACAUGCAGAUUCAACAGUACAAUCCUAUGCAUGUUUACCUUAAAGUAAGUCCCACCAUGUUGAAUGUACUAAUUCAAGGUAAAUUUGCAUGAGAGUGAGCCUUUAAUAGUAGAAUAGUUGGACAUAGACAAUAAAGAAAUAAUACAGCUAGACAGAUCUACAAUUUUUGCUGUCUAAACUGGAAUAAUUUUUAAAGCAAGGGCCUUGCCUGUUUUAGAAGCUAGAACAGAGAUGAGCAAAAUCGAGUUGCAGUUCAUUCCUUUCUCGUGAACUUGAUUAAGUUUAAGCCUCUACCUUCUGCUGAUGGCGGUGGGGGCUAUUAAGAUGGGCCUUCCCCAUGAGUUUUACGGAUCUGGUUGCUUUCUGACAUAUUUUGGGGUUUUCCUAAUGUUCUUGGUGUUCUUGGUUAAACCAUAGGAAAUCAUGGUUUGUAGAUGCUCUCUUUUGUAUUAUAAACCCUAUUCAUCUCUGUAUUCUGAGGAUUUGAAAGUGAAGAAAUAAGCACGUUGUUGGCUAGAGAGCAAAUUAUGGAGAACAGAUUAAAUCUGUAAGAAACUGAUGGCAAAUAACAUGCUAUAUCUCUGACACUAUUGUGUCUGCUUUAUGUUGUCUAGAGGAGUUGUCCUGUGUGGCAAAAGGUCUGUUGCAAUCUUGCCAGCAGGGCGAAGAAGUCUGUGCCAAAUUUGCAAUAAACAGUACAAAUAAUCACACUUUGAUUCAGUGGCUAUUAGAGUGGUGGUCACAAAAGAUUUCUCUGGUUGGUCUUGUUGGGUACUUUUCAGCUUGUGCAACCUGAGGAUAUGGACAAGUUGUUUGGAAAGAUGAGAGCUACCACAUGCACUCUUGAUCCUUAACCUUCCUGGCUUAUUAAAUCUGUCAGGCAGUUGGUUCAGAUAAGAUAGUAAAUCCUUUAUUGUGGGAGGGAGAAGUUCUAAUGACCCUGAAGGAGGCUGCAGUGAAAAACCAUCUAACACAUAAUUUACUCCCCUCCACAUGCUUUUUCUUCAUGUUAUCAGUAUAAUUGUGUUGUGUGUGUCAUUUUGUUGCCAUUGCUUAGCAGUGAUUUGACUCCUAAUUGUCUACUUCAGAUUGCCAGAAAUCUACCAGUAAAUUCCUAUUUACCUUUGGUCCAUCAUGUAUUGAAUUUUCCUUACCUGGUUAAGGUGAUGAACAUGUGAUGACAAUAUUGCACUAGGUUUUCUUGGAUGAAACUGAUAAUUGGGAUCCUUUCCAAUCUGGUUUCCAGGCUUGGUUUUGGAACUGAAACUGCUUGGUUGCCUUGGUAGUGGUUGUUUACUGGGUGGCGGGGAGUUGGCAUUCGUCUGUCUGGAGACAAUGGAGUGUACCUCCAUGGUUGAUGUCAAACCACACAGAAGUGACCUAGGGGCACAAGCCUGGGCAGUGUGUAUGGAGGAGGUCCUGGGCUAUCCAGAAGACAGAACCCCUGAUGUGGUCUAAAGGAAUUAAAGCAAUACCUUUGGCACCAGCUUGGCUGCAAGGGUUGCUAGGAGGUGGUGUACAAGGUGCAAUCCAGCUGUUUUAGGGACUUCACUUUGGAUUUGUGUAGGAUUUAUUCCUUAGCCUUUUAUUCUGCCAAAGAUACCUCACAAAGCAGCAGAGGUUUAGGAUCAGAGUUUUCCUUCUCCUGGGUGAGCUACUUUCCCAGGUUGACAAGUCCCAUCUGCCCCUCACUUCCCUCUGCAGCACGUGCAGAAACCUCCUUCUUGACUGUAGGACCCACUAUUGGUCUCAUCUACUCAAUUCACUGGAGCCUGUCUUUGCAUGCAGGGGAAGUCCCUAGUUCACCUGGUUUAGCUGGCCUGUUGAAUCAGUUUCCUGGGGUGUGGCCACUGCCACAUGCUGACAGCUUCUAGGAGCCAGAGGUGAGAGUAGAGUGCCAGAUGGGAACCAAAGGUAGACACCCCAGAAGGAGCAUGACAUGUCCCCUACAAGAGGUAUUAUCUCUCACUUAAUGCCCCAUAUACCCCUCCCGCAACCCCCUGGGAAGUGUAUCCCUGUUAAUUCCCUUAGUCCUCUUGGUAGCUUUUGAUGCCAUCAGCCAUUGUAUCCUUCUGGGUUAUUUCUCCAGGUUAGGAGUGGGGAGUCCUGUUCUGAAGUGUGUGCUCCAGAACAUCAUGCUGGGAGACUGCUAACAUGACCGUUGGCCUGUGGGAUGGUAUUUCAGCCUGUCUUCCAUGUUUUAACAUCUACAUGAAACAGAUGGAAGAUGCUUUCUAAUCUCAGGGAAGCAAUGGAAAUACUGAAUUGUAGACAGGCAGCUGUUUUGGCCUAGAUGAGGGUGAACAAACUGACAAUCUGGACAAGAUGAAAUAAUCAUGGAUUAGGUAUUCUGUCUGUUCUGGAGGUGCUUGCAGUCCCACUGAAGCAUCACGUUUGAAGUUUAGGAGUUCUCUUAGGCUCAGAUAUGUGCUGGAUACUAAGGUGCAGGCAAUGACCAUGAGUGAUCUUUACUGAUUCUGUCCUGAAUGCAGACUGUGUCAUUUCCAGGAGAAAUUAGACCUAGUGUCAAUCAUUCAUGCUCUUGUCAGCACCCUGUUGAAUUAUUACAAUGCACUCUACAUGGAGCUGCCAUUGAGUACAGUCUGAAAGCUACUGUUGGUUCACAAUGUGGCUGCCCAGAUUCUGACAGAGUGCUUGUUUAUAUUGCUUUCAGGUUCAAUUUAAGGUGCUGACUUUGAUCUUUUAAAAAUCCCUAAAUAAUGUGGGACCAGACUAUAUUGGGAAUCACAUUCUUCCAUAAGAACCUGCUUGGGACUUUAACACCACUUCAUAGAUUUCUUUUGGUUCUGCUGCUGUCUGAAAUAGGUUAUAUGAGGACCCAGGCAAAUGUGGUGUUGGCAGAAUAACCUCACCGCACCCCUUUCAGUGGGCAAUGAAGAUUAUUUUAAGCAAGUUUGUGUAAGAUUCUGACUUUAUCAAGUGUUUUGCUGCUAUUUUUAAAUGCUUGACUGUGGUUUUGCUAUAAUUUAUUGUGGCUGCCAGUGAUUAUUUUAUCUCUGUAUUAUGUUUGAGCAGCCUUGUGUGCAUGGUUCAGUAAUAUAAAUAAUAAGCAUUCUGAGAAUGUUUUCCUGCCUUGUACAUUUAACACAUACCAGUGAGCCAUGGGAAGAUGGUGAAAUCAUCCCAUUCAUGAAUUGGAAGUUAUGUUACUGGGUUCUGGUAAGGUGAAAUGCUUCAGCAGAUGCAUGUGAGGCAGAACUUGGUACAGAGUAAGAUAGUUGAAAGUAGGAAGCGGUAGCAUAAUACUAAAAUGUCACUUAUUUUUCUACUUGACUAGAUGUACUGCUUGGGAAAGAAACUGGGCUACUUGCAUUCUUCCUUUCUUGUAUUUCUUACCUUUAUCUAGAAGAUGCUUGGCAAAAAUUUGUUGCCUUUGCUUUACCAAGGGUGCCUGUACCAAGCAUAUCUCUUAUAUAUAAUUCAGGGGAAUCUUUUCGUUUCCUUGCCUGUUCUCUGUUGAAGUUCCUCCCAACCUUAAUCUUUACCCUGCACUUAUAAGCAUGUAUGUACACAGCCAGAGGGAAGAACAAGCCCAUGCUGCUGUGAGAAAUAUACUGUGUUUUCUAAACAACUGCUUAGGUGGAGUCUCUCCAUCCUGAAGAGAAGCAUUACAAUUAUUUAAUUAUGCAUACAUAUAUGCAUACAUGCAUAUAUACCCCGCCCAUCUGGCUGGGUUGUCCCAGCCACUCUGGGCAGCUUCCAACACACAUAAAAAUAAUAAUAAAACAUCAAACAUGAAUAGUAACAAUCUAAUCCAAUAUAAAAAGUCAUAGUAACUUUAAAAUAAACAAUUUAUAUCAAAUAAAGCAGUAUUAUAGAAUCCAAUAGUAAAUAGUAAAAUUAAACAUCAGCACAUAAUAAUUAAACAGUUUACACCUACCAGUUACAAUAAAGAAUUACUAAUCUAUAAUCAGUAAAAAAUUACAGCAAAUCACAAUGCAUAAAAUACUACAAAACCAUGUAAAAUGAUCAAAUUGAGAAACAAGGACACACAACUUACAAAAUUAUUUUUUAAAAAUAUCUCUGAACUCCUCUUUUCCCAGCUGCUUUUGCUGCUCUCAAAAGUCAUGGUCUGAUAGACUCCCAGGGCUGGAGGGUGGGGCAAGGCAGAUGGAAAAGCCAUUGCCUGCAGAAAGUCUCUCUCCUCUCACUACUAUGGUAGUAUAGGAUCUAUAGUCUCCCUCUCUACCCCCUCAGUAUAGAAUAGCAUUAAGAGCUCUUGCUGUGCCCUCUCUCCAUGUCGGUGUCAACCCUUGGGAAACUGGGUUAGCAUUCACGGGGUUAGGUGACAUUUAUGGUUCAGGCAUUUUUGUAAAACCCAACAGUACAGGAAAACAUAGUGCUACUAUGACUCCCACAUUUCCAGAGCAAUGCAAAUUUUGAGCCCUGUAAAUGGUGUCUUUACGGCCACUGAUAAAACAUAGUGGUAUCCUUUCACUAUUUUUCUACCAAGAGAAAGUUUACUUGUGCAACAGUGACAGAACUGCUGUGAUCAUCUGUAGAGGAUGCUUAUUAAGCUAAGUAUUAAAAUAAGUGCUUUGUUUUAGGUUUGGAUUACUAAUAUACAGUUGACUCGCAACUUCUGUGGGAGUUACUUUCCAUGUAUGGCAUGUAAAGCUGAAAUAACCCUGAAUCUGCCCCCACCCAAGCAUCCUUUCUGAAGCUGGCGGUCUGAACAGGCCUUUGCCCUCCAUGCAGUGUGGAGAGCUUUUAAACUGUCUGCACAUUUGUGCAUUUAAAAUGUUCAAUAUUAACUGGCCAGCCACCAAGUGUGUAAAGCUGUGAUUGUGGAAGUUAAAUGCCAUGCAGGGUGCAAGUUGGCUAUUACAUUUGAAGGCUAUAUUUGGUGAGGUCCAAAACUUUUGGAGAGGAUGCUUUUGUUCUUUCUCCUAGUUCUUGGCAUUGGCUUACUUCGAGAGAAUUCAAGAUGCUACUCUCAUUCUUUCAAUAGAGAGCAUUUGUUUUAAAGUCAUACCUCGGGUUAAAUAUGCUUCAGGUUGAGCGUUUUCAGGUUAUGCUCCGUGGCAACCUGGAAGUAACGGAAUGUGUUACUUCUGGGUUUCGCCGCUUGCACAUGCGCAGACGCUCAAAAUGACGUCAUGUGUGGAAGUGGCGAAUUGUGACCUGCGCACGCGCAGAUGCGGGGUGCGUUCGCUUCAGGAUGCGAACAGGGCUCCGGAACUGAUCCCGUUCGCAUCUAGAGGUACCAUUGUAUUUAUAGCAUAAAAGCAUUUCUGGAUACUACAUAAGGUGGUAAAAAAUAAAAUUAGAAGUUUGGAUAACUUAAUGCGGGGGUAGGGAACUUCUGGCCUAUGGGCCUCAUUAGGCCUACCAGGUUUUUCUGUUUCACUUGCAAUGCCAUUUUGGGCAAGCCAUGCCUAUUUGCCCUAUACCUGAUGUCACAUCUUAGGAAAUGUAUGCUUGCAAUACAAACACUAUUUACUAAAAUAAUGCAAAAUUGUAGUUUACAUGUGAUAGGCAUUCAAAAUUAGAAAACAUAAGCUACGUGAGGUAUGUUUAUUCGCUUAUUUUUUCAGUUUUGUUAAUGUUUUAUCAAUUAUAAAUGCCUUAUUGAUUUGUUAAACGUAUAAUAUGACUUAUACUGUAAUUCUGAUGUUUUGCUUAUUUAUAAUAUAUAUAUUAUAUAUAUUAUAAAUAUUAUAUAUAUGUGUGUGUGUGUGUGUGUGUGUGUGUAUAUAUAUAUAUAUAUAUAUAUAUAUAUAUAUAUAUAUAUUUUAUACUGAUGAUUGUUUUACUGAUGAUUUGUUAAUUAUAUGAUUUAUGCUGUAAUUGUGAUGUUCUAGGAUGUUACUGUUACUGUUUCUAAGCCGCUUUGGGAUUCAUUUGAAUGGAAAGCGGCAUAGAAAUACAAUGAAUCAGCAGUCAAAUCAGAUGUGCAGCAAGUAACAGUCUGGCUCAGCCAAAAUGAGAUUUGAAGGCACUGCUGAUCAGAGGUGGUUGCUGAUUGUCUGGUCUUGAGGAGAGCUUUGCAAGACUUCACAAGACUUGAUAGUCUGCUGUUCGUUGGGUCUUGUGAAGCCCUUUGCACUACACUGAGAUUGAAUUGAUUAUUUUAUAGGCCUGUCAUAUAACUGGGUUCUUUAUAUUGGUGAUUACAAGACUAAUUAAGUUAUUUGAUUAAAAAAUACCGCUAUAAGUAUGUGAUGAAAGUUGUGUAGGAACACAGAAAAUAAGAUGCAAGCAAAUAUGGUUGCCUUGUAUUCAGUUUAUGCAGCAGAGUGGAGAAAUGAUAGUGCUUCUGUAGUGUUUUUGUUUUGAUGACUCAGCAACUGCGUCAGUAACGGUGUGUUGUAAUGUUGUUUAGCAAUUAGCAGGUUUAAUAUUCAGCAUUUCCAGUAAUUAUUGGAGAAGAAAUAUAAAAGCUACCUACCUGAAAUUCAUUUUUAUAACUUCUGUUUUUGAACACGAUACCUUAACAUUUUAAAAAUACUAGUCUGUUUAGACAUGCUUACAAAUAAUAAAGAAAAACUGGUAGUCUUGAAAAUGUGGCUUGAACAGUUCACCUGACUUGGCUCUGGCCUAGAAGCCUCACCAAAAGCUUCUACUAACUCUUGUGUCUUUUUCUUGGCAUCAGUGGGAACAAAGUUAGUUAAUACAACGUUGUGCUCUCUGGACUUUUAUCUAGUGGUUGCUAUGUUUCAUAAAACUCUUUAUAUACCUUCUGUACAAAAGCAGCACAUUUACCUUUUUACUUCUGUACUAUUUUUAAUGCUUUUCCAGGUUUUAUCAUUUAAGUGUUCUGAUAUUUUAUGGGAUUGCAAUAUUAAACCUAUAGACGUGUUUAUAGAAAUCAGCUUAAAGUAAUUUAAGACUGCAAUCAUCUGCACACUUACAAGUAAGCUUGUGCAACACAGUUGGGUUUACUUAUGCAUGGUGUUCUGCUGUGCAUUGUGUCUUCAUAUGAAGAUGCUUCAGAACACAUUUAACCAUUUGAAUAAGCCUUUAUUCAGUUCUUUACUGUUGAAAGAAAAAGAAAUAUUGCACUUAAAAUGACUGACAUUUUAUUACAGUGGAACCUCGGGUUACCUACCAUCCUCCUUAUGAAUGCUUUGUGUAAUGAGUUCCGCUAACCUGGAAGUAGGUCUCCUGGUUGCGAACUUUGCCCCGGGAUGCGAUCAGAAGUUGUGCGGCAGCAGCGGGAGGCCCCAUUAGUGAAAGUGCGCAUCAUGUUAAGAACAGUUUCAGGUUAAGAACAGACCUCUGGAACGAAUUAAAUUUGUAACUGGAGGUACCGCUGUGUAGCAUCUGUGGUUGAAAGUUUAAAUUAAGCAAAAUGUUUUCAACAUUAGUUAUUUGAGUUGUUAGUGAUGAAGUUUGAUACUAUUUGGGAAGUCUAAACUCUAAAAGAUCCAGUUGCUCUUUACACCAGGGGUGGCUAAUCUGUAGCCCUCCAAAUGUUGGACUCCAACCCCCAUCUGCCACAACAAGCAUGUUCAGGGGUUGGGGUUGAAGGGAAUUGUAGUUCCACAACAUCUUAAGGGUCAAAGGUUCUCCACGUCUGCUUUACAUAGUUUAAGAUGUGAUAGUAUUGGAAAACAUCACUUCCUCCCUCAUCCAACCAUUCACAUUGGUUAGAAUUAAUACUGUUGUACCUUUUAAGGCCACAGAAACAUAAUACAUUGAGCUUAAUUAUUAUAUAUGAUAGUAGUCCUUGCCCAUUUUAUUGGCACCAAUAAAUCUCUUGCAGCUAAGGCUGUGAUAGGGGAGUGAUACUGAAUUUAUUUUCUAACAAGAAUUUGAAUACUGUACGUGCAGAUUAAAGAUAAUACAGAACCAGAAAGAGGUUUGCUUGAAAUAUAUUUCAGUGUACGAAGAGGAACAAUUUCCUUUUCCUAUUUGAACAUGCUGCUUUGUAGCUAAUAAAAAUAAUCACAGCUUAUGUAUGUGAUAGGUUGGGCUGGCUUGCUCUUCUCGUCCUUUCAUAUGGCUGGAAGGUAGGUGUUCUGUUAGGUUUUGAUUCACUUGCAAAGAAAUUUGGUUUUGUGUUACAUAUGAAUUGAGUAUUGUGGCUUUCAGCUAACAGUGAUUACCAGUGUUCUGGCAAUGAGCUACAAAACCAUAAAUGACUUGGGGCCUUUAUACCUGAAGAAGCACCCUGGAAGCAUUGAUGGAGAACUUCUGACCCUUGUUAGCAUCCCAUCUUUGUGUGUUGCACAUAGUGUGGUGUGGGAGAGAGCCUUCUCUUGUGGCACCCUGCUUGUAGAACGUCUGUUUCACUUAUAUUUGACUGGCAUCAGUCUUGUUUUCAUUUUGGCACCAGGUUAAACUUGGUUAUUUGCUUAAGCUUUAGUAAUUGUUAAUCUCACUGAUUAAUUUGUAUUGACUGUUAAUUGUAUGUUAAGAUUAUUUAUUUUAUCAACUCCUGGUUCAUUGUUGGCUUUAUUACAAGAUUGGUGUAUCCUGCCCUGAAAUUCUCGGAUAGAGGACAUAUUAUUUGAUGUAAACUGUGGUGCUUAGCUCAUACUUGAUCUAAAGCCAAGAUUCUUUGAAAGUGAAACUAAGCUCUGCAGAAGACUUCCUGACCCUGCAGAAGGAGCAGAGAAAUCCAUGGACCUGAUCGUUUCCCCUUGGUUUGUGGAGGUUCAUGCAUAUAAUGCUGAACCAUGGUUUAGCAUUUUAUGCAAACCGGGCUUAUAUUUUGAGUAGCAGUAGAGCUUCUACUUCAUAAUGGAUCUUAAUCUAUAGUUUGCUGCUUUAAAAUGCUUUUCCUGGAAUUCUAUUGCUUCUUAGGCAUUGCUAUUUUGUCCUAGUCUUGCAAACGCAUAAUGUUUUCCAGUAUGUCCGAUACUGGACGUUUUGCCCCUAGACAAUCAGGGGGCUUUGCAGCUCAGUAUAACAUUAGAAAUGCUGGAAGUUGAUGGUUUCGAAUAAAGAAAGAAAUAGACAGUUUUCAGGUAAAAUAUUGCAUACUCUCAUUUUGUAAGGCUAUGACACUCCUGGUUCUCAGUGUUAGGUGUGAAGCCUGCUGCAUCUACAUCAUGGAGGUGUUUGGCUUCCUAAAAUAAAGCUUAAAAGAGAAGUUAUUUCUUUUCCAGAAACUAGUUAUGUCUGCACCUUUACAGAAGGUGUGUCCAGUGGUAUGUGCAAAUGAGAUUUCUGUCUAGACCAGCCAUUGUUCCUGCCUUGAUGGCUAUUGUUAAUCCUUUUACCCAGAAUCCAAUAGCUGGAUGAAAUGGGUGUGAUGCAUGAGACCCCCACCUUUUUCACUUUGAAAACCUAAAAUUUCAGGGGUCUAGAUCAGGGGUCAGCAACCUUUUUCAGCAGGGGGUCAGUCCACUGCCCUUCAGACCUUGCGGGGGGCCGGACUAUAUUUUGAAAAAAAAAAAGCAUGAACAAAUUCCUAUGCCCCACAAAUAACCCAGAGAUACAUUUUAAAUAAAAGGACACAUUCUAUUCAUGUAAAAACACCAGGCAGGCCCCACAAAUAACCCAGAGAUGCAUUUUAAAUAAAAGGACACAUUCUACUCAUGUAAAACAUUUUGGUUCCCGGACCGUUCCCAGGGUGGAUUUAGAAGGCGAUUGGGCUGAAUCUGGCCCCUGGGCCUUAGUUUGCCUACCCAUGGUCUAGAUCAAAGAGUGAGGCAACUGAGUUCUGUAGCAUAGACACUGUGAGAUUGGUGCUAUCUGGUGUGUUCCUGCUAUCUUGAGAGAUUAUAACGGGUUCCCUCAAACUUUGUCACACUAGAGCAGUGGUUUUCAACCAGUGUGCCAUGGCACCCUGGGGUGCCUUGAAUGAUGGUAAGGGGUGCCACGGCCAACACUAGCCUGUCCCUCCCCCCCCCAUGCACUCUCGUGUCUCUGCCUUCCAAAGGCUUGCAUAGCUGUUUGUUGCAGCAGCCCUGGCUACUAGCUCCCCAGGCAAACAGUGCCUCGGGGGCUGGCCAGGGGUGCUGGUUGUCAGGAGUAAGCAAGCAAGUGGACAGACAAGUCCCAGGCCCCUGUGGGGCAAUGUGAGGAGACGUCUUUCUUUGGGGCAGGGGUGGGGCGGCUCAGAGACCAGGGAUGGUAGCAGCAGCUGCCUGGAGGACUCCCAAGGAGAGGGAAGAGGAGCAGAGGCUGAGGGAAUACUCCACAAGGGAGGGUCCUCUAAAAAGGAUGAGAGGCUGCUAGCUCUGCAGGCAAGGGGUGACAUAACUGGGCACCUGAGUCCCAUAGGGGUGCCGCAGAAAGAAUAUAGUUGGUCAAAGGAGCCGUGGACUCAAAAAGGUUGAAAACCUCUGCACUAGAGGAUAACUGUGCCAGCUCAUUUCCCUUCAGUUGCUAUGGAGAGUGUUAUAUGCUUUCCCUAUCAGAACAGACAGGGUUAAGAGCACUUUGGGCAGAAAGAUUGUAUAGUCUUCUAGCUGGAGAGUUUCUUGCUUUUUUUUUUUUUAAGGCACUAGAGUUUUAGGAUCUGUAUUAGAGCAAUGACUGGCUAUCCUCCAGGGCCUCAAAAGCCACUGGGAUGUUUCCAAACGCAACAGCAAAAGAACCCAUUGGUUCCUCUAGAGAGCGCCCGUCAAAUUUGAAUUGCCUCAUGAGAUUUCAUGAAGAUGCAAGGUUUCUUUUAAUGCCUCUGUGAUAUUUAUAUUUGGAAGCAUUUUUUAAGUGUAGCAGUACAGAGUCCCAGUUUGCUCUUCUGAAUAGCUGCAGUCCAAAAUAGGUGAAUGAAUAAAUUUACAUUGUGAAUUAUUGAGGAGUUUGAAGGGUUUCCCUAAAGAACGGCCUUGCAGUUACCUUGCUAAGUAAAAAUUAAAGAUGAGCUUGUUUUUAUCCCAGCUUUCAUGAGGCUUCUGUCUUAUCCAUUUCAGUGGCAUAAUCACCUCUCUUUUUACCAGAGUUUCAGUUCCCUGGCUAAAGGAACUCCUGGAAUAAUAAUAACAAUAAUAAUUCACUUUAUUACCUGCCCUUCAUCAUCAGGUUCCAGGGUGAGUUCGAACAAUUUUAAAUUCAAUUUUAAAACCGUGAAAUCAUAGCUUGGUAUAGGGCUUAAUUCUCUGUAUUGUAUGUGUAAUACACCUUUUAAUUAUAUAUUAUGCUGAAAUCCUAAGAAGGAAUGAGAAAACCCACUCCUGUUAGCGAAUGGGCUUGACUGUAUCAGGUUUGUACACCAAGGGGGGCGGGGAUUAUGUUUGUUGCUUGCAGAGAGCACAGAGUGUUUUCUAUUGUACCUUAUCAGAUAGCGACUUGGUAUUCUCUUAAUAUUUUCCUCAAUAUUAAGGAAUGUGCUUGGUAAAUGAAAUCUGGAAUUCACAGUGUCCAGCCUGUUUUCUGGGUCUUCAUGCCUUGAUUACUUCAUCUUAGUAUUGUGAGCUUCUUAAAUCCAUAUGUUGUAUUUUAGCAAAAGUAGAGACUGGUGGAGUGAAUCUGUUAAUAGGGAAGCUUCCUGUAGAAAGACUUUCCUGUUGAAGAGCUUCUGGGCUGAUGCCUCUUUUUCUCCUGUUUUGUCUAGUGGAGCCUUUCUUACAUUGAUUUAAAUCAGGGUUUAUGAACUUCUGAGUUCAUUGUCUCCUUGUUGAACUUUUAAAGUUGCCAUCAACCCACACUUCAAUUAUUAGGAAUUAAAGGAAAUAAAGUAAAGGAAUAACAGUAUAUAUUCAACUUUUAUUAGUUACCCAUCACUGUUACUAGGAAUAUCAAAUGUAAGAAAAGGAAAUAGAACAAGUGAAAAUAACGAUGAAACCAUGCCAUUCUGUACAUGCCCUUUAUUUCUGAGCUUAAUAGUUUCUAAUUUUUUUGCUCUGUACCAUGUAAACUUAUGUUACACCCCUAAGAGUGCUGUUAGACUCAGGUCCUGCUUGCAUGCUUCCCACAAGCAUCUGCUUGGCCACUGUGAGAACAGGAUGCUGGACUACAUGGAUCAUUUUCCUGAUCCAGCAGGUUGUUAUGUUCUUAUUGCCCUUUACGACCCCAUGGUCUUUAUUCACAUCCUGCAUCGUCCCAUUUACCCCAGGAGGUCAAUAUAAACUGCUUUGAGAAACCCAGAAUUAAAUUACAGGGUGGAAUUGCCCUGUUUUUCCUCUUCCCCACUCCUAGAGUUUCACAUUCCUAUUAUAUAUUUAUUUAUAAAUUUAUUCAUAAAAUGUUUGUUAAAAGUAUGUAUCAAACUUGAACUUUUCACGUCAAGAGCAAAUUUGAUAUCCUUUUGAUUCAGUGAGUGCGUGACACAUUAUCAUCUUUAUAUGCUAGCAAAUGAAACUUGCAUUUUGCUAAUAUGAGCAGAGGUUUCCCAAAUCCAAGUCUGAUUCAAAUCUAUAGAUAAGUGCUUGAAUUCUACCAGGGUGAAUUGAUGUAAAUUAAAUAAUGAUUUAAAUCAGCAAGAGAAAAAGUUGGAGUACCCACUGAUACGGCAUAUAUUUCUUAAAACUUAAUGGUGUUUUAUUUUACAACUAACAAUAGUUACUGUAUUUAUCUGUAUAUAAGACCGUCAAUUUCCCCAAAAAAGCUCAACAAGUUUGGGUGCAGUAAAUAUAUUGGUGCUUUGAAUAUUUAAUAAAAAAAGCGAAGUUGCUCUGUUUGAAGUUAAAAUAUUGAUUGCUUAAUUUUGGGUUCAAAAAAAUAGGGGUUGUCUUAUACAUGGGGGCAUCUUAUACACGGGAAGAUAUGGUAUUUUCUUACAACCAGGCCUUUCAUCUAUUUAUUUCAUGUUAUACAUCUUACAGACUUUGUUUUUUUAAAAACAAACAAACAACAACCCCUAUAUAGUUAAAAAUAUUGCUGUACAAGUCUCUCCUAUGACUGGCAGCCAUGACAAUUGAUUAAGUACACCAGAUAAUUUUUAUUUUCUUUCUAGUUAUGCUCCUUUAUAUUUCUCUUUGCCUUGGCUUUGCAACCCUUUGGUUGCAAAGUAGCAACCAAAAAUGAAAUACCAGUGACUGAUGAUUACUGGCAGACUAGAGCAGUUUAUAUUCACAAGGUGAUGGUGGUUAUGUUGAGCUGGUACUGUGUAAGGGCAGUAUUCUACCAACUUCUCCAUCAGCAUAAGAUUUGCCACUAGCACAAUGAGACUUCACCCAUCCCCCUCUAUGCACACCCCACCACCCCACCAUUUCCCUGAAUCUGCUCUGGGGGGUUGUGGAAAAUCUAGAACAGAUUUAAAGGGGUGUAUGAGAAGGGGGAUAGUUCUUCUGUGCAAGCAGACAGCUUUGUGCUGAUGAAACUACUUAGCACUAAAUUGAAUACAACCCUAAGUAUUCGUAGGUGAGAAAUGAUCAGAUUGGUUCUUUUACAUAAAAGUCCUUUGGCUCAAACGUAUCUGAUAGAGGGUCUUGAUUUGGCUUAGAGAUUAACUGUAGUGCUUAUAUCUAGAUAUUUAAUAUUAACUUAUUUAAAAGAAACGUUGGCUGAAAUCCAACACCAUGUGAGUUGGCAUCUGCAAUCUGACUACCCCUUCCUUUUCUGUCUGCCUGCAGUCCCCCAUCCACCUGCUCCAGAGGUUUGAAAAGGCAUAGUGUCAAGGGUUAGCUGCAGAGGGAAGAGAGAAAAGGAAAAUUGUGUUGUGCAAGCAGAAGUCUGUAACGUUGGCAGAUACACACCUGAAUAUCACCCUUAGUAUAUAUACUUAAAAAGCAACACACACCAUUUUUAUACACCCUGAUUCUCACAGCCCAGCAUUUGUGAGUGUGUCUUUGAACUUAUAUUGCAGUGGUGGUCUUUAAGGCAUACUUAAUAUUCUGCAUUUGACUCCCAGAUUUUAUAGUGCUCCGAUUUUAGAUUGUUCUAGUGGUGAAUGUGUUGACCUACAUUUAUGCUAACUUUUAGCUUUCAGAAUAGAAAUGGCCUGGCCAUUUUGAAGUACACAUCGUAUUUUCUCAUUUGGAGGGAUUUUUGUACAAAUAAGUUGCCUAGUAGUAUUUCAUGGAUUGUCGUAAUUUAGCUGUCAAUGUGGUAUUAGGAUUACUUUUGAUUUAGGUCUCCCAUUUUGAGUGAGAAAAAUGCACAUUUCCUACUUUUAUAGUAAUUGCGUUUUUUUGGAUAAUGAUGUAUACUUCAGCACUCUGGAUCAUGUGAAAAUGCUCUACUUUGAAAUCUCUGUAAAUAGGUAGUCUCAGAUAUGAUGUAUGAAAAACGGACUUAAAUGGAUUUUAAAUGCCUUAAUAUAGAUAUAGGUUGAACAGUAAGUUCCUCUUUGUGUCUUGUAGAAGUUUGAGUCAUAUUUAGGUAACAUCGUUUCUUUUCAUUGGUUAGAUAGCAACAUUACAGGCUAAUCCUAUUCAGCUGAGCUAACAGAGCCAUGCAUAAUUUUUAAGGGAACAGGAAGCACUUGUACAAAUCAAUACAUAUCAGGAUUAUAAUUUUAUAUUGGUCUGUCAUCUGCUACGUGAUAUAGUAAGUAUUUUUACUUGUAUCUGAAAAUUAAUAUAAACUUUUAAUUUUAUUUUUUAGGGACCAGUUAUUCUCCACAAGAAAAUUCUCAUAACCAUAGUGCUCUUCAUAGCUCAAAUUCACACUCUUCUAAUCCUAGCAAUAAUCCAAGUAAAACAUCAGAUGCAGUAAGUAUCUAUGGUGAAUUAUGCAACUUUGUUUUACUUUAUUUAACCCACAGACAGUGCGUUCUCUGGCUAAUUUUCAAUUAAUGCAAAUUAUUAGAGCAAGACUGGUCAGGCUGUGUUCCACAUUCAGUAUUUGAGUUCAUAGCACAUAAUAUGAGUGAUAAAUACACAUUUCAGAAAGCUAUUCUCUUGCAUAUUGUUUUGAACCCAUUGUUUCUUCAAGUCUGGUAUGGCAGUAGGUUUAAAAACUAUGGCAAAUAGAACAUCCAUGAAGGAAGAUGUAGGUCUACUGUUGGAAAUAUUUUUACCCAUUGCAGAUGUAACAUUGGUGUGUGUUUAGGGAGUAGACUAUGGGAUUGUGCAUUCUGUCCCUUGGUUUGUCUGAUUGAAUGUUCAAUUCCAAUUUAAAGAAAUUUGGACAAUCCCAGAUUCCUUUUCACAACAUUGAUUCAACCCAGUUUGGAAACGGAAUUUGGAUUGUCCUCAGAUUGAGCUAGAAGUAAUUAUGAUCAGACUUAAACCAAGGUAGGUGGGAAGGCAUGCACAAAAACAUGAUCCAGUGCUGGAAGCCUAGUUAGCAUUGUCUGCACUGACCUUAAAUCUCUAUGAACACAAGGGUUCCUCUUACUAAAUUAAAGUAUAUGUUAAAGGACAAACUGGAAAGAGGGGUGGUGUGUUUUUUUGGGUAUAAUAUAUUAAGCUGAUUCCAUCACUUUUGCCCUCCCUUCCCCAAGUCCUAUGAUUCUGCAGAUGACUGGUCUGAGCACAUUAGUUCUUCUGGCAAAAAGUACUACUAUAACUGCCGAACAGAAGUUUCCCAGUGGGAAAAACCAAAAGAAUGGCUUGAAAGGUAAGUACUAAUAUAAGAGGUGAAAUGCAGUGUGGUACACUUGAUAUGAUUUAACUGUUUGCUUUUUCCUCUCCAGAGAGCAGAGACAAAAAGAAGCAAGCAAAAUAUCUGUCAACAGUUUCCCAAAAGACAGAGAUUACAGGAGAGAGGUGAUGCAGGCAACUGCUGCUAGUGGGUUUGCUAGUGGAAGUAUGUAUGUUUUAAUACAAUAAAAAAAUCUGCCUAUCCAUUUUCUAUGCUUUGUCAGUAAUUUCACAUCAAAACAAAUUUUACAGAUAUGCUAGACUUUAUAUGUGUUUUCUUGAUGUACUUGUGCCUGAUUCUUGCAUAGACACUGAAAUGGUUCCUGUGAUUUAUUUUAUUAGCAUGAAUUGUACUCACAGCCCUUGCACAAAGCACCAUAAACUGGUGCUUUCCCCCUUUUCUUCAGUGACAAGUUCACCAGCAUGUCUAAAGUUCUCUGUUUGGGUUGAGAAUCUAGGUUGCUUUGUGUAUUAAUUUCAAAAAUGGGUCAGUUUAGGAAUUGUUUAUAAAUGUUGCACAUUCCACCUUUCUCAUGAAUUUCAAGCACAAUUGUAAUAUCAGUAUGAAAGCAUACUGAAGAUGAAACCUUUCAUUUUUAUAUUAAAAAUAUUCUCCUAUAUCCCUUUACAACUUCAAUGUUGUUCCUUUACAACUUCAAUGUUGUGUAGGUUUGAAUACAAAUGCUUCUGAGUUUUCAAACUUGGAGUAAUUAAUUUAGAGAUGUGUCAUUAGUUUUUAUUAUUUUAUGUUGGAAUACUAGAUGCAAGUGUGUUUAGCUCCCUAUAACCCUUGAAGGCAGGAAUGUCAUUGCUUCUCAAGAAUAUUUUAGCAGCUUGUCCCCAGAAAUGGUAGUUCCACCUCCCUCAGAAGUUGAGGCGGGACCUGGGAGAGGGCAAUCUUUGUGGCAGCCCCUCUUUCCUCCCCACAGAGUUGCAUUUGGUUUCUUCACAAUGUAGCUUUUUGCAAAUUUGGAAGAUACAUCUCAUUACCCUAGCCUUUUGACACCUGAGAUGUGCGUUUCCUGUAAUUGGAAUCUGUUUUAACUUUUUAAAUUUAUUAUGAAGUGUUCAGAUUGGGCUGUUCCUCUUGCAAAAGACUUAGGCAGGAGCACAUAAUUGUGUGAGGUAGACUGCUUCUCAGUUUUUUCCUCCUGCCUAGGACAGAGCUCUCACUAUUUUGUGGGCUGUUAGUCAGCUGAGUCCUCUUUAACUCCUUUCUUUGUUAUUCUUUUGUUACUUAGUAAUCUUCCUCUUCUUUAGUUGUAGGAUACUUUUUCCUGUCUUUGUUACUGUUUGGUGUCUGUCCAUUUUUUUACUGUUUGGUUUCUGUCCUUUUAUUUGUCCUCCACUGAGGUAAAAACAACAACCCUUGUCUCCUUGCUAAAUAUCUUUUGCUAUUCUAUGCUCAGUGUUUUACUUCUAUUUAAUUAUUUACUUCUGGUCUUUAUUUCUUGUUGCUGGCCGUUUCCGUUUUGGCGGUGCCUUUGACACCUCAGAAGUGUGCUUUUGGGGCCCACUCUAUUCCUGUGAUUGGAAUCUGUUUUAACUGUUUUUAAUUUUAUAUUGUUGUAAUCCCCCCCCCGGGACCUACUGGUAAUAAAUUUAACAACAACAACAAAUAAUGGAAUUUGGUACUGAAGCACUCAAACCUUGUAAUGUGGCAUUUGUAGAUAUAAUAUGAAUAUUAGAAAAGUUAAAUUUGAUAAGUACUUCACAGCAUCGAGUAUUUUAUGAAAUAAUGUUCAUUCUUUACAAUUGGAGCUAGAAUAGGAUUAAAGUUCAGUAAAUGCAGAUAUAUUUACUUGGUCAGUAUUGGAGCUCUAAUUUGGUCUUUUCCGUUUCUCAUUGCAACAUUGUGAAUGAUAAACAAAAGUGGAAGAGAAGCAUUCCAGUGAUGCCGCUAAUAUGCUCCCACAGAAUAUUUUGUCUCAGACAAGCAGACACAACGACAGAGACUACAGACUGCCAAGAACAGAGACUCACAGUAGUUCGACCCCAGUACAGCAUCCCAUCAAAACAGUGGUUCACCCAUCUACUACCCCAAGUUCUGUUCCACCUAGUCCAUUUUCUCUACAGUCUGACCACCAGCCAAAGAAAUCGUUUGAUGCAAAUGGAGCAUCUUCCUUAUCAAAACUGCCUACACCCACCUCUUCCAUCCCUUCACAGAAAACUGAGAGAAAAAGUUUGUCAGGUAAAAACGUUUUUGGCUUCUCCAUGUUGUUACGUCAGAUGACUAUAGAAUACACAACCUUUAGAGCUGUAGCCUGCUUGCCCUAUGCAGAGGAGUUGAGGUUUACAUUAACCAUGAAUUUUAAACCUAGAGCUCCAGCUCAUAUAUUUGGUUGUCACCUAAUGACAUGUGUUGCUAUUUUUAUUUUUUUUGCCAUGACAUUUUCAGUGAUUUACUCAUUUUCUUAUAUCUGAAAAGUAUGCUUAAACAUCAAAUUGCUUCAAGCCUUUUCAGGAAAGCAUAAGUGGUAUAACUAGCUUGUUUGACAUAUUUGUGUGAUUAGUAUUCCUACACAGCCUCUCUGAAGCCACUGUGUUAAGAGAUCUUGACACCUGGCAUUGAAACUUUAGAAUACUGUGGGAUGUAUAUGAUUGGUGCUCUUGUGUAAGCACAAGGUCUGAUCCAGCAGCAGGUGUCCAAUAAUGGGGGAGAACGAGAGAUUUUUGUCUAGGCCCUCCCCCCUCCACCUGAACGUACAUAAUUUCAUUUGUGUAUUCUGAAGUCUCUGAUAUUCUCCAACAUCAGGAUACCUGACCAAAUAAACUCUAAUUUUGAACCUGUUUGACAACUGUGUGUUCUGUUCCUUGCUGAUACCAUCCAAAUUAUGUAUGCUUACAAUACUGUACAAACCCAUACAUUAAGGUUUUGCAGGUGCCACCAAAUCCAGUAAGUUUCACUUCUGCAGGUAACAUUGGUGGUGCUUUGCCCUUUCGGGAGUGAUAUAAAGACAUUAGAAACAGGCUUUGGGUCUAAAUUCAGGAACUGUAUCAGUUACACUGUCUACAGGCAUUAUUAGAUUUUUAUGUUAAAUAUUAAUAGUUUGAGCACAGGAUGUUUGAGAGUUUGAUAGAUAUUUUUUUCUGACAGUGCACAAAGUUUAGCAGAUGCCCUAGGGUGUGCACGACAUCUUUCACAAGCACAACACACCCAUUGAAUUUGCUAUGUGCUGAGAAGUAGAAUGGCUGUUGCAUGAGUGGGCUGCCACAAAUAUCACCCUUUGCUUUUACUUUGUAGCAUUGUUUUUAUCUCAUUAACCACUUUGGAAAUUCAAGUGUUCUGUAAUGCAUUUUUUUUAAAAAAAAACCCUAUAUAAUGGGAGAAAUUUAAAACCAGCCACAAAAUUUUGUAUAAUUUUGGCAAGUUUGAUUUAUUACUGUAUUUAGAGUAUGCGAAAGAAUAUGGGUUAUGAUGGGAAGAAACAUAAAUAUCUCUGUUUCUUCAGAAUCUAUGUCAAUGGACAAGUCUCUGUCCCACUCGUGCACAACUCCUUCCACAUCAUCUGCUUCUGGACUGAAUCCAGCUUCUGCACCAACUUCAUCGGCUUCAACAGUUCCUGUUUCACCUGUCUCACAAUCCCCAAUUCCUCCAUUACUUCAGGACCCAAAUCUCCUUCGACAGUUACUACCUGCUCUUCAAGCCACAUUGCAGCUUAACAAUUCAAGUGUAGAUAUAUCCAAAAUAAAUGAAGGUAAGACAGAUUUUUAAUAGUUUGUCCUAAUACUGUAUUGAACAAGGUGACUGCAUAUCUAGAAGUUACACUUCUACAUAAGGUAGAUUUAAAGUGUUAGUUUAAUGCAAUGACUGUAUCGUGCACUUUGCAAAUAUGUGUCCAAGCGAACAUUUACUAAGGUGAUGGGCAGGAAGGAAAGAUUUACAGGGGUGAAUUAGAGACAUAGAGACUGACUUGGCAAAAUAUCAGGGAGUGGCAUUUGUAGGGGAGAAUCCAGCUGGUGAUUCCCUGCUAUAAAUGCCUGCCACUGUAUUCGUGUAACAUGACAAAUGGGGUUGGGAACCUCCAUGUUUUUCUGCCUUUUAUCUUGCAUGAAGCCAAGACUGGCUGUAUUAAUGAAUUGGAAAUUAUUUUCAAUGUACUAUUUGCAUUGAGCUUAGGGGAAAGUGGGGGCAACAAUUGGAACUACUUGCAUUUCAGCCAGUGAAAGUUGAUUAACAUCUUAAAUUUGAUUUUAGUACAGUGCAUUUUAAACUGCAGUGCUGAACCAUUGAACCCAGUGUGGCAUACAUCUUAGUAGAACACACAGAGGAUUGCACUACUGCAGAUCCCUGCAGAUUCCUACAAUUGCUACUGCACUUACAGGAAUAAUGUGUACAAUUCUGGUCACUGCAGCUCAAAAGAUAGAUCUGGAAAACGGGAUAUUCAGGACUUUUUAGUUUUGGGGAAAUGGAAAGUAGAGGAAGUCAUGAUAGAGGAGAAUAAAAAUAUGUAGACUGGAGAAAGUGGAUAGAGAGAAGUUUUUCUCCCUUAACAUUCAAUGAAACGGAAUGUUGGAAGAUUCAGGACCAAAAAAACACCAGUGCCACUUUGCAUAAUACAUAGUCUUAUCCUCCAUUACUUUGUCAUUUAACUAUCAGUGGCUAUUAGUCACAAUGUCGUAUGUUCUGCCUCUUCUGUUUGUGCCAGUAUACAUCUGAAUACCAGUUGAUAGAGAACAGAAACGGGGAGAGUACUGCUGCUCUCAUGUGCUGCUUUUGGGCUUUCCUUAAACAUCUUGUUGGCCACAGAGAGAACAGGAUUUUUACUAGAGGGACCUUUGGUCUGCUGCAGCAGGGGUGCUCUUAGGUUCUUAUGAGAAACUGGAUCAGGAACUUAGUUUUAGGGAAUAGUAUUUUCUUUCAAACAUAAGUACUGUAGAUACACUGUUGCUUCUUUUCAGGGAAUGAAAGUGGUAAUCUUAAUUUGUCUGUUAGUUCUUACAGCUGCUGUGACACAAGCUUCUCUACAAUCUAUACUUCAUAAAAUUCUCACUGCUGGACCAUCUGCUUUUAAUAUAACUUCCCUGAUUUCUCAAGCAGCACAGCUUUCCACACAAGGUAUUUUGGAAGCUUCUUUUUGUCUCCGUGUAAAAUUGCCUUGUACGCUAUGAGACUUCGGUUCAUUUUACUGUAGAGGGAUUCAGUUAGGAAAAAUGUAUCAAGUGUUAGUCCUAGUCAGAGUAGACCAAUUAAAAUAAUGGACAUAACUAACUUAUAUAGAUAUAACCUUUAAAGUCAGAUUCCUAAAGGGUGUUCAGAAAAGCUGGUAGCUUCCACUGCAGCAACAAUUUGUUGUUCUGUUAUUCUGAACAUAUUUGUGGAGGAUGAGAUUCAAUUGUUUGGUGCAUUCAGUCCAAAUGUUUCUGGACCAGUCAAGCAUAAUAGCAUUAUAAAUAAUCAGCAUUUACUAAAGCCAACAAAAUUGACACUGCAUACAUUCUGUUGGACUGAGCUGCAUGUGUGAAGAUGUUGUUAUUUCUCUUAACAAGUUUUAUUGCUUAUUCAGAUUCCGGAAGGGGAGACCAAAUCUAUUCCAACUAUAAAAAAGCUAAUACUGUAGUGAUCUAGUUGAAGUUCUUACUAUGAGGUACUUACUAUGAAUACCUAAAAUAGGUUAUCUAGAAAACUCCUGCUAUGCGCUAUAUUACUUUGAACUUAGUGGAAGCAUUGGGAGUUCGAUUAGUUCUAUUAAAAGCUAAUAAUCAUAAGCAGAAAAUGAUCCUGACUAAAAUUAACUUUCUUUAGUUUUUGUUGUUUGGUCUUCUGGGUCUAUCUAGGGACAAAAUGCCCUCACUGAAAAAAAUUGAGAGCUGAAAUUAGAACUUCUUAAAGAGAGCUCUGUGGUCAGUGGUAGAUGUCAAAAAUUAAGUAGUGCAUGGCCUAGAGGCUGCAACUAACAAAUUGAAUAAUUAAUAAUAUAUAUUGGAAAAUACACUUUGCAUUUGCAGGUAUAUAAAUAGUUUGUUUGCCAUUUAAAAGAUCCCUUUGCCCCACCCCCCCCAGUCUAAAACUGGCUCAGUGUGUGAAGUGGGAAUUCUUAUGCCCAUCAAUUAUUAUUCAUAUGCAACUUGACUGCCUGCUACUUUAAAGUAAGCUUUUUUGUGUAGUUCCACAUGAUAUACAGUAUAUUUUCAGACUCUUCAUGGGCAAAUAUAUUUGACUAUGCAUGCCAUGUGAUAAGCCAGACAACGGCUCGCUGGGACCACAUGAAUAUGUGGUCUCCUAAAGAGGAGUUCAGUUAUUUUGCUCCUCCCCAACCCUUUUUAUUCCCAUGCUAAGCUCAGUCAAGAUUUGGCUUAGCGUGGCAUCGAAACCAGUGCUUGUGGUCAAGUGCUCUCCUUGCUAACCACAAACUAUAGCUAAGGUUUUUUCCAUGACUUAGCUUAGUGUGGCACAGGAGUGAAAAAGAACAAGGACAGUAUGUACUUAAAUUGCUUGUUUAAUAGUUUGGUCAGUCUGAGGCUGAAGCAUCUGUGUAUGUAAGUACAGGAUUUACACUCGAUUAUAUAAAUUGGUGUGUGAGGCUUUAAAUAGUUAACUUUAAGUAAAAGCAUUUCAGCAGUGAAAAUUCCAUACAGAUUUAGGUGUUGAAGUAGCAAAAGAUAGUCCAAAGCUUUUAAACCCUUCAGCACCUAGUUUCAGCAAACAAUAGAACGGCAUCAUCUGGAUAUGACUCCUGUUACAGCAUAAAAAGUUGCUGAGUUUGUAAUUUUUAGUCCUUCAUGGAGCAACUGUUUUAUGUCUCUUGGCUUUCUCAUUUGGUCACAGCUCCUCUUCCCCCUUCCAUUGCUUAAGUCUUCCAAGCUUUAUUUCCUAAGAAUACUUAAAAAAAAUACUUAGAUUGAGUAAGAUUUUAAAAAAUUGUCAUGGUCUUAUUUACAGCUCAGCCAUCUAAUCAAUCCCCAAUGUCUUUAACAUCGGAUGCCUCAUCACCAAGGUCAUACGUAUCUCCAAGGAUAAGCACGCCUCAGACUAACACAGUUCCUCUGAAACCUUUGAUAAAUACACCCCCUGUAUCCUCACAGCCAAAGGUAAGAUUUUAAUGAGUUACAGCAGGAGUAAAACUCUGCUUCUGUUGUUAAAGCAGACACAAGACUCCAACAUUGUAAUGCUUUAAAUAUUUUAAAAAAAAUAUUUUUGGCUGUUUCUUGUAUUAAACAAGAAACCCAAAGGAUAAGAAUCUCAAUGUUUAGUACUUCAACAGUUUUCAUUAGAUGACCUUUAAUGGAUGCUCUAGUUUCUGGUGGGAAAAAACAAGUUGCUUUAAUGAUUAUUAUUUUAGUCUAUAACUGUCACUGGUUGGACUUGGUAACAAAGUGGCUAAGAGUGAGCUAGGAAUUCCCAGUACAGAUCUUGCCUUCGUUAUAUUGGUAGGCAGCCUCAAGCAAACCACUCUCUUCUUCUUCUACCUUCAACAUGGGCAUAAUAAUAGUGGCCUACUUUAAAUGUUGUUAGCAGGAUUUCUUUUCCAAAAAAAUAUUAGUCACUAUUCUGUGCUUACUUAGCACAGUCCUUAUCGGGCUUUGUGGGAGGAGGUUUAGACAAACUGGUGUCCAUCUAUUACAUUAUUAGUUCUCUACAAUAAUUUUAAUAGACAGCUUUCACUUCUGUCCUUUCCAUACCACCCACAGUUCUCUGAGCAGUUUGACAAAGUCUAGCAUAAAUUUUAUCAUAUCAGCCAGUCCCAGUUAAUCUAGCUGUCCUUGUUGGCAUCCAUCUAUCUUGGGAAACAAUGGAGGAGUGCACCUUUGGGGGUAAAGUCAAAUUUUGGAGAGUUACAGCAUCUGCUGUGACUGUAGAGACCAAUAAAGAAGAGACAUGUUUUGUUGCAGCUAGGGCAGAUGUGUGUGGUUGUGGUGCUUCAGAUGCACCAUGCUCUGGCUGUCUCCAGGCACUGAAGUAGUCUGCAAGGGAUUCCCACAUGGCAGGACUGAUGUUGCCAGCCUUGUUUGCAGGAUAAUUGAAGAUCAUGGGCUGUUUUGAAAGUUGGAGUCUUGUAUAAUGCACUAACGUGGUGCCUAUACGGCUCCCUCCUCCUCCUGAAAUUAGACUUAAAAGAAGCAUUCUGCUGUAGCCAAUAGACUAGGUUGAGGUGUGUGCUCAGUUGUGGUGUGUGUGCUGCCCACAACAGUUUCUGGGGUUUGCAAAGGUGUCUAUUGGCGGUCCCUGCUGUAAUUCAACGAGGAAGUUACCAAUAACAAUAGCAAAGUACCCGCUGUCCUUGUUAUAUAUCUGUCUCUUCCUCUGCCCUCCUUUUAAAGCAGCUCUAUUCCAUUCCAGUUUUCAGAUUUAUCCUCCCAACAGUUGGUCAGCAUUCCGUCAACACUGAACAUGCUUAGUCUGUACUGAACUGUGUCUUGGUCCCUUAAAUAUUGUAAUAAAGUUUUUGUUUUUGUAGGGGUACUUCUGCAAACCUUAGGAUUAGCCUCAGUCUUCUGAUACCUUCUUUGUAUGGGGAUUGUGUGUGUACAGUUUCGAGUAUCUUUGUUCAUGCAAUUUGAGUUAAAUUAAAUUAGAAGACAUCCUUCCAUUUCUGUGUACUAUGCCUGAAAUAAGUUGCAGGAGGUAUCCCACUUCUAAUCCUGAUUGAUAGCUCUUCAGUUUAAGGUUAUUUGAAGUAAUACUGAAAUGUGGUCAAAUUUUGAACUUUCAGGUUACUACUUCAGGUGUUAAGCAAGGACCAGUUUCACAGUCAGCAUCUCAGCAGCAAGUGAUUGCUGACAAACAACAAGGUCAUGAACCUGCUUCUCCUCGAAGUCUUCAGCGUUCAAGGUAUAUAUUACAUUGGUAUUGGCUUUUGACUUCACCAUAUCCUAUUCUACCAAGUGUUGCUUUUUGGAGCUGCAUGCUCUCAUCUGCAAAUACUGCCUGUAAAGUGGUACCUCGGGUUACAUACACUUCAGGUUACAUACGCUUCAGGUUACAGACUCCGCUAACCCAGAAAUAGUACCUCGGGUUAAGAACUUUGUUUCAGGAUGAGAACAGAAAUCGCGUGGCGACAGCGGGAGGCCCCAUUAUCUAAAGUGGUACCUUAGGUUAAGAACAGUUUCAGGUUAAGAACGGACCUCCAGAACGAAUUAAGUACUUAACCCGAGGUACCACUGUACAGUAUUCUUGCAUUCAAAGUUGGGAAGAACAUUACAGUCUCAGUGCAAUUGCAGGAUUAUUUACACAUGGCCAGUUAUUGGAGUUAGUGGCCUAUUAACUGUAGUGUCUAGAUUUCAGUUUUAUGUUUGUACAGGUGAGCUAACACCUGUACAUCCUGGAAUUCUGUUGCCUUAAGUUAUGCAGGAAAAACAGGAAGGACCUCACAAGCUGCUUCUUCACCACAAGUCUGUGUAUUCAGUUUUGAGACAUGAAUGGAAAUCUUGGGGGCUUUUUGUGUAUUGUCUUUGAAGCCAGCAUAAGCUAUUCAUGUUAACAGAUAGAAAUGUGGCAGUGCUUAAACACAUCUCUGCUGUUGGUGAAUGUAAAGAUAAAUUCUUAGUCCCAUUAUUAGAAGGUGGUAUGGGGACAGAAUUUCCAUAUUAAAUUCCUAGUAUUGUUUUAAAACCUGUAUGUUACCAUUUUAAGUAAACAAUUUGAAUACAGUUGCAUUUCAGAAAUUUGCUUGGUGCUUUUUAAACAGUUGUGGCUUUUUUGGUUGUGUGAUAGUAGCAGAUAAGCUUAUGAAGGCACACUAAAAUUUUGAAUUAAAGGAAAUCUGUCAUUGUUGAGCCCUCCUUUUAAGUGUAUGAUUUCAUUGAGAUGAAUCAGCUCAGAUUUUUAAUAAUGGUAGUUCUGAAUUGUUCUUUACGUAGCUUUUAUCUUCAGGUUUGAGCUACAUUUUGUCCAGUAGAAUGCAUCAUAUCUUGAAAAAAGGUGCUUUUUAAAAAAAAUUAGAGCUUGGAGACUAAAAGGAAAUGUUUACAUGACGUAAAUAUCAUGUUUAAAAAUAAAAAUAGGGAUAAAAUUAUUAUUGGCAUUGUUGGUUAAGAUUAAGGCAGUCAAAUUCUGGAAGUGCUUUGCUCCAAAGUUGUUUGGUUUCUAGGUGGUGUUUUUUCCCACCCCCUGGGAUAGGGUUGCCAAAGAAAUACUAGUCACAAAACAGUUUUUAUGUGUGCAGGGCAAGGUUUCAACAGCCAUCAUAGGGUCAGGAAGUGCUUAAUGCGAACAAAAGUACACUCGUGCACAAAUACACUGACUGCAACUGACAGAAAUAAUUAUGUAUACUUGAUGAAUAUGCUAUUCAUUAAAUUGUCCUAGUAUACCCAAUAUUGUGCUUUGGUCUGAAUUAAGGCUCACUAUUGAUGCAUAAUGUCAACUCCUAAUCUUAUGCAAGUGGCUUCUCAGGAUUAUUUUCUGCUCUGUGCCUACUGUUGGAUUGGCUUCUGGUUGGUGUAGAAUACAUGUGUGUGCUAAGCCAUAAUUGACUUAGUGUGACAUGUGAUCCCCAGGCCACAUGUACAGCUCUGUUCUGAAUCAGAACAUAACCCAGUUGCCUGGAGUAAUUGUUACUUGCAGAGGUGACUAGUUAAGUGUCUUCAGUACAAAAAUGUUCAACCACUGAGCACUGGAGAAGCAUAGAUACUAGGCAUGGUGUCCUUUCAUUUCACUUCAGGCAUUUCCCAAUUUGGGGCAAGUGGGACUUUGGGCAAAUCCCUGAAACAAGAGUCUGGGAGACUAGUAAAAGAGAACAAUUCUAUUAAAAGAAUUGUUGCUUAAUAUAACGUUCCAUGUUUGCUGUUCCUAUUUGCCACUCUAGCCAAUAUGAAGAAAAUUCCUGUGUUUAAGAUGGUGUGGGUUCUGCAAUCAGAACUAAUGCAGGUGGUGCCACUAUCAGUAUACUAGUAUAAUAUCCUGGUUUACAGAACUGUUAGGAUGCCUUUUGUGGAAUUGACAGGCAGUGUGAUGUGGAUUGUGAAACUGGUUGUAAAAGACAAAAGGUGCUAGGCACAUACACUUAAUAUGUGGGCCUGUGGAAGUGAUUUAUAAAACCUGUGGCACCUGCUUGUCAUAGGAAGAAAGUUACUGGUGUGUUCUUGGAAAAGAAUGGGGUUACCUGCUGUUGGGACUAGUGACAUCAGGGAGGCACAUAGAAGACAUUAAAUAAACUUCAUUUUUAAAUAAACUUCAGGAGAGUUUGGUUUCUCUCCCCUCCCCCCCCAAUACCCAUGUCAAUUGAGACAGAAUUAGUUUGAAAUCCAUUGAAGCCAUGAAGAAAACACUCCUCACUAAUGACUUAGUUAUUGUCUUCUCACAGACAAUUCGCAAAAUGAUAAUCUCAUGAUUUAGGGGACGCGGGUGGCACUGUGGGUUAAACCACAGAGCCUAGGACUUGCCAAUCAGAAGGUCGGCGGUUCGAAUCCCCGUGACGGGGUGAGCUCCCGUUGCUCAGUCCCUGCUCCUGCCAACCUAGCAGUUCGAAAGCACAUCAAAGUGCAAGUAGAUAAAUAGGUACCGCUCCGGCGGGAAGGUAAACGGCAUUUCCGUGCGCUUCUCUGGUUCGCCAGAAGCGGCUUAGUCAUGCUGGCCACAUGACCUGGAAGCUGUACUGGCUCCCUCGGCCAAUAAAGUGAGAUGAGCGCCGCAACCCCAGAGUCUGCCGCGACUGGACCUAAUGGUCAGGGGUCCCUUUACCCUUUACCUUUAAUCUCACGAUUACUGGCUAUGCAACUUUCAGGUGGGCAUUUUCCCAUGGAAGAGAUUGGAACUAUUCUAUAUAGUCUUUGUAGAGUUGGAAGGGACCUUGGACAUAAUCCAAUCUAUGCCGAAUCUACUGUGCAGGGUGCAGAUUAAGCAUCCCUGACAAGCUAACUCAACAAACAUUCAUUCAUUCUUUUUCUUUUAGUAGUCAGAGAAGUCCAUCUCCUGGUCCAAAUCAUACCUCCAAUACAAGUGCUUCUAAUACGACAGCACCACAGAAUGCAUCCGCACGACCUACGUGUUCAUUAACACCCACGUUAGCGGCACAUUUCAAUGAAAACCUUAUAAAGCAUGUCCAAGGGUGGCCUGCAGAUCAUGCAGAAAAGCAGGUGAGUGUACAUUUUGUAGUGUUGGGCAGAAUCCAGUGUUGUUUGAGUAGAUUUCCGCUUGCACAAUAGGAUUUCACUUUCCUCUCCUAUCCCCUGCACACCUCCAAAAUCUGCCUUAGACUUUUGGAAGCAGAUUUUUACAGUACAUAAGGGGGCUGCAGUAAGGAGGAGGUGGAGAUGAAAUACUUUUUUGCUUGCAACCCUUUGGAUUACAGCACUUUAGCUUCCUUUUGAAUGUGUUUUAAAUUUCCUCUGUUCAAAUUCUUGUGAACACCAAUGAUCUUUAAAGCAAAUAAUUUAAUGCUAGUGAAUAUUUCACAGCUUGCAUUUCCAUUUCCAUGGAGGUUGGAAGCACUGGAAUUGUUCUUAUGCAUGGGUGUAAUACUGUUGUAGGUAGUUUGUGUUGGGGUAUCCCAACAGUUUGGUGGGGGAAACAGGUUGUAGAAUAGGUAUAGUGAUUUUUUAUAUAUUGGGAGAUUGAAGUACCUUAAGAUUGUUAGCCAAGAAACAUGUUGUUUUAUUUAGAUUUUCCUCAUUUUAAUCCCGUGAUUUAGGGCAGUGUUACAUUAGAUAAGCUUUUAUAAAUUUGUCAGUUACCUGGUUCAUGGUUGUCUGCAACAAUUGACCUUGGUGACCGGGGACUGUCUGACCUGGAAAUUCAGUGACACUUUCACUCUUGCUUUAAAAGAUUAUUUGCCCUUUAAGGCAAAAAUGUGGGAGGGGAGAGUUCUGUGUACCAGGCUACAUAGCAAUGCACUGUUACUGCCAGGUUUAUGGUUCUGUUCUCCCUUUUUGGGAGGGUAGAUGGCGAGCAGAGAAUAGGACUAGUCACUGUUUUUGUCGUUUGAAGCAAGGAGCCUUCCUAUUCACAGCAAGUAGAGCAGAGGAUGAGUGAGUGUAUUUGCAGGUUUAAAAUAUAUUCCUCUAUUAUCCAGCAACCUUACCUUGUGAAGGAAGUUUAAGUUGAGAGUUAUAUAGACAUGGCCCCCUUUGUUUCAUGGCUUAAUAAGAUUUGAGGCUGCCUUAGCUAUUCAGAUUCAGUCAUUUGUUUUCAGGCAAACUUGCACGCCUGUUGAAGCAGAAAAGAAGCUGAGAAGAUUACAGUGGUGUUAGAAAUCAUUGUUGAGGUUUAGAAAGGCUUACAGAAAAAUAUUUACUUUUCAAUCCAAUGCUGUACAAAUUAAAAGUUAAACGUUGUUUUCUGUAAUUCUCAAAACCAAUAACCCUUUUCUCCAUGUCAGUUUUAUAAAGUUGAAUGAAAAAAUAACCAGUUAACUGUAAAGUAUAAAAGAAUAAAAUUUCUUUUUAGUUGUGGUUUUUAAAUCUUAGCUAACUGGGCCUUUCUGUUUUGACCUUUCAGACUUCAUAGUAAUUCUUGAUAAUGUUGUAAGAUAAGGCAUUGCAGCACAGAUGCAGUGUUUUAAAUAUUACAGUUUUAACAUGAACUCUAGUCAGUGUAACAGAAACAUCCUGUAGCAGAGAGGACUGAAACUUCAUUACAGUGUAUAUAUAAUGUAGUACUGUCAGUUUAUAAUUUGUUCUGGUCAGACAACAAAUUUUACCAGAGCACAUGAACUUCACAAAAAGCCAUACAACACGAAUAUCUUACCUAGAUAAGGGAUAGGGAACCCCAGAUGCUGUUUGGACUCCAACUCCCAUCAGCAUCAGACAACAUGGCCAAUAGUCGGGGGUAAUGAGGUUAAUAAUCCAACAACAACUGGAAGGGCCACAGGUUUGACAUCUCUGAUCUAGAUGCUUUGUGCAAAAGUUAGUAUGAAAACAUGAUGAAAACACCAUGAAAGGAGAUAGGGAAGCGUUCUAAAAACAAUCCAGUGAGGACUGAGUAUGCUCAGGGGGGUAAGAAUGCUAACGAGUGUUUUUUGUCAGUGUGGUGGAAUAUGGAAUGGCGUAUGCUGAAAGAGAGCAUUGUUGGUAUCAGUCUGUCUUGAGAGACAAUGGAAUGCGCCUCUAGGAGUGAAGUCAAACCAUUGGAGAAUCACAGUGCCUGCUGUGGCUGCAAAGACUGGUAACUCAUAACUGCUGCCUCCCAAGCCUGGGCAGUAUGUUUGGAGGUCCUGGGCUGCCCAAACAACAACACCCACUCUCUUCUCAGCCAGUACACCAUACAACCAUCUUAGGGAUUGCACUCCAGAUUGUGUAGGAUUUGAUGCUUAGCCUUUUCUUCUCCUGAGGAUGUUCCACAAGGCACUGGGUUUUCCUCAGGUUUACGGCCGAAGCCUUUCUCACUGAUGAGUGAGAAGGCAGCCACAAGGCAGCGGAGGUUUAGAAGAGACCAUCGCUGGCUGGGAUCUUGAUCACAGGAGUACUCCAUGCUGUAGUGUUUUGUGGCAGCUCCCACGUCAUUCUUCUAGUUUCCAUAUUCGGGAAAAUGCUUGCCCAGAUCCUUGACUUUUCAGUCAAUCUCUUUCCAAUCCCAGAAUCAAUUUCAGUCAGUGUACUCUGUUAAAUCUUAGUAGGAUAGCAGUUCUUCAUGUUGCCUAAUCCACAUUUGAUGGCUCUACUUUUAGGGUACCGAUUCUCACUCAUCUUUUGCAGUUGUAACUAGUACAGGAGAAGUGCUAUAUGCACUCUGAUGGAAGGAAACCCAACUUCCACAUGCAACAUUGCAGCCAGUGUACCAUUUGGUAGGCACAGGUGGACUUUAAAGAAUUGGUUUUGGAUUACUCCAAGGCAUUUUAACUCCAAAGUUUUACCUCGCACUGUAUUUGGGCAAAGAUCUGAUAAAUAAAAAUUACAAUGGUUGAGGCCAGUAAAUUUUUACCCAUUCCCUGUGAAAAGUCAGUUUUAGACACAACAUUUCGUAUAGCUACUCUGCCUAGACAGACAAAUUCAUUAAAUACCUAGGUAUUUAAAAAAGAUGUCUUAAAUGUCUUAAGUGCAGGUGGGGAACAUGCUGUUGAACUUGGGUUCUGCCAUGGGCUUCCCAUGUGUAUAUGGUUGGCCACUUUGAGAACAGUGUUGGACAAACAGACUGUUUGGCCUGAUCUGUUGGGCUCUUCUUACAUUCAGACUACUUGCUGUAAUGGACAGUUCUGGGUUCUUGCUGACAGACAGCACCACACUUUAAAUACCCAUUUGAAUUAAGUAGGAGAAGCACCAUGUUGCUGGCAUAUAACAGGACUGGGAUUUUACCAUUUUGAAUGAAUCGCAAGAAACUGAGGGUUCUGAGAUUCUUUUGACACCAAUACCAUACUUUGUGUUUACGUCCAGAAGUUACUCCAAAAGUUGCAACACACUUUCCAACUCCUCCUCUUAACUCUUUUAGGCAUCGAGAUUACGUGAAGAAGCUCAUAACAUGGGAAGUGUCCACAUGUCAGAAAUUUGUACUGAAUUAAAAAACUUAAGAUCUUUAGUUCGAGUAUGUGAAAUUCAAGCAACUUUGCGCGAGCAAAGGUAAGAAUUCUGGGUUUCUCAUCUUGAUUUCCCAAAUCCUUUUCAUCAGUGUUUUUGUUUCAUAAUGUUUUAUAAACUUAAGAGCUACUGAGCAACUUUCCCUAGCGUACAGUCAGGGGCUAAAAACUGUUACAGCUUAACAUAUAGGAUGACAUUGACUUAAACAGGAAUAAUACCUCCCUCCACAGCCAUUGAACUACUGAAGGUGCCCUUGUGUGUUCCUGGAUCUUGAACAAUUAUUUAGUCCAUUAUGUGUACCAUUAAGGUAGGUCAACUAUUUCUAGGCCCAGCAAUUUUGUCCUUUUUAAAAAUAAAAAAUAAAACACAUACAAAACUGUGUUAUCACAGUAUUAUCCCUUCAACCUAUUGUAGAUUGAAUAACUAACUUUAAGAAUGUGCAUGUCAUUAUUAAAGUACUAAUUCAUGGAGUAAAUUACUCAUCUAAGAAUGGAUUUGACAUGCCAGUACUAAUUGCUUUCUUUUCCCUUUGUAGGAUACUAUUUUUGAGACAACAAAUUAAAGAACUUGAAAAACUAAAGAAUCAGAAUUCCUUCAUGGUGUGAAAAAGUUGUGAAUAAUUGCACAUGGGUUUUGAGUACAGGAACUGUAAAACUGAUUGCCCAGUCUUAACAUUUUUGAGCUGCAUUUGAGUAGACUUUGGACCGUUGAGUUGGGCAAAAAUAAAAAAAGAUAACAUGGGAAAGGGGACAGGAGGGGUGUCAUUCAGGGGAAGGAAACGAGGAUGAUUUGUAAAACCCUUGAAAUGUAGAUUUCUUGUAGAUGUAUUCUUCACGUUGUAAAUAUGUUUUGUAGAGUGAAGCCAUGGGAAGCCAUGUGUAUCAGAGCUUAGACAUCCAAAACUAAUCAAUGCUGAGGUGGCUAAAUACCUAGCCUUUACAUGUAAACCUGUCUGCAAAAUUAGCUCUCUCUCUUUUUUAGUUAAUUUAUCAUUCAGAAAUCUUGCAUUUCCUAAAAUUCAAUGCAAGCGCCAGGCGAUCUGUGUCUCAAGGCUGCAACAGUUUGAAACAGUUUGGGUAAUGUACAAAAUAUCAUGAAACAACUGUUUCCACACUUGCACCGAAUCAAGAGCAGUGCUUCUCCAUUUCUGUUUUACAGAGCAGUGUUUUUCAUUUUCUGUGUUCAUUUCCCCCUUAAAAUCCUAGAUCUGAUUUUAUCAGUUUUUUUUUUUUUAAUUCUAAUUUCCUCCUUUCCUAAAGCACUGUUGCUAUGGCACUUUUCUAUAAUCUUUUCAUUCCUGUGUACAGUAGCUUAAAAUUGCAGUGAUUGAGCAUAACCCACUUGUUUGUAUAAAUUAUUGAAAUGUAUUUCCAUUUGCACCCUGUAAGAAUGGACUGGUAGUACUGCUGGGCAUGUGUGCUGAAAGUACAUCCCUUUUUCAAAUUAUAAGGAAACAGCCCAAUGAACAUGUCAACAUGGUUGUGGGAGGGAAAGAAGGAAAAAAAAACUAGUCAGAUGUGAAUUGUAUCUGUUGUAAUAAACAUGUUUAAAACAAAGAAACACUGGUUUUCAUUUCCUUUGGUCGAAACAUUCGAAUUUGGCCUCUUUGGGGAUUUGUUUACCUAAGCUAUUCUUGUUGAAUACUUUUUUACUUAUCUGAAAAUAAGUCCUCAAGGAGGAGGCUUUAUUUUAAAAAUUGUAAACAAAAUUGUGUAUAAAAUAUUUAAUGACAUUCAACAAGGAUCAUUGACACCUCCCCAACAGUUGUCAUAUGUUAACUCCUGGUUUUACCUGUCUUGCUAUUAUGACAUUUCAUUUUGAAGGAUGUUUGUGUUGUAGCUAACUGUUCAAGUCUGGUGCUGACUGCUGUUCUUAGCCAUCACAAAAUGCUGACUUUGUGUAAUUGGAGUUUCUCACUAUUUGAAAAUGGUGGGAAGGCUCAGCUUUGUAUAUUGUUUCCUAAAGUAUAUUAAAAAUAAAAAAGAAACUAUUGCUACUACAAAAUAAACUUGGGUUUUCUUUGCAAAAAACUGUUAGUCAUAAUAUACUGCCACAAAUCUUUGUACAUUCCCAAACUUGUCCAUUUAGAAUUCUUGUUAAUGCUGAAAGAUGAAGGAAUUGCAAACUUUGCUAAUGUUCAUGUGUUGCUUUAAACUCCUUCAAAGUGCUGACACCUCAUUAAUAGGUUUUUUAGAAUCCUGGCUUUGAUACAUAUGUUUGCCUCCUGAUUUGUGAUGCUGUUGCCUUUUAUCUUCAGUAAUCUCUGCUUACAUCUUUGCUUUUGUCAUUUUAUAAUAAAUUUCAAUUUUGUUUUCUCUUUUGAGGCCUCUGGAUAAACUAGGGACUGCCCAUUCUUGUUUGUGUUGUCUGCCAUAUGCAGGAAUCAUGUCCACCCUCUAAGUUUUAGCAUUGUAUGGUAAAGGUGGUAUACUAGCAUUACAUAGUAAGAUUACAGCAUAAGCCUAGUAUUGUGGAAGUUCAUUACGUUGAAUCAUUUGUGACACAUUGCGAGCCUGGGAAAAAAGAACCAACUGCCAAAUUAUUUUGUCUGGCUAUCUGACUACUUGUCCAUUGGCAACCAGGUAAGUGACUUGUUUAAAUGCUGUUAACUUGCCUUUAUCUGCCUAUAAUAAAAGAGUUUUGUAUUGAG